GAGAGGAAGACUCCUGUGAAAUGUGCAAGAAGAGGCUCUUCUCAGCUGCUGCCAGGCUCAGUCCGGGAGAGGCGCUUUAUGCAAGAGGAUCCUUUCCCCGCAAGGUGUCCUGCCAGCAACUGCCAGGUAAGAGCAACCACUAGAGAAUUAGUGCGUGUAAUGAUGUCCUGUACUUCAGCUGAUGGCGCUACAGAGACAGCAGCAAACCAGGAAGAGUUACUCUCUCUGCGGGUGUUUGUGGGCACAUGCAUUUCUCUCCCGCUUUCUCCUUUUUUCAGGGGCAAAGGCACUGCCUUUGGUGCCAUCUGCAUUCAGAGACCUGGAGGAGUCAACAUGCAGAGUGUGGGGCGCUGCUCCGUAGACCCCGUGCUUUGCAAGCAAAAGGUCCCAGAUUCCGUCUUUGGGGUCUCCAGCUAAGACUGGGAAAGACGUCUCCUGUCUGAAACUCUGGAGAAGCGUAGUCUCUCGCUCGCCGGACUGGCUGCUUCCAGGUUCUGAGCCAUAGCUGUCAACGUUUCCCCUUUUUUAAGGGAAAUUCCCUUAUUCCGAAUAGGAUUCCUCGCAAGAAAAGGGGAAAGUUGACAGCUAUGUACCACUGCUGGCAGAAUGCUUUUUCAGAGACGGGGGUGAUCAACCUUUGAACAGCCGCUUUAGACAGAGCCGCUGGAGACCUGAGAGUCCAUUUGCUCUUCCCUUCAAACUUUCUGUCAGCAUCAUGAACUGUCCCGGGCAUAAGAGGAUAAAAUGUAGGAGAAGGGGAGGGGGGAACCCUUUCAUACAUCUCAGUUGGGUCAGAUUGAAUAAUCUGUGGGGCCAGGGGGCUGGGAAAAGUGUUCAUUGCAACUCAGUGCACUCCAGCCUAAAAUGCAGCUAGGUCGUUUUCUCAAUUCCCAAAGGAACGACAGGAUGAAGGAUAGAUAUGGAUUGUGACUAACUUCAUGUGCAAACCUCUUCCCAAACCAGCAGUGGGAGCACACAGGAUGCAGAGUAAGGGGAGCCGCGAACACAGCCACUUUCCCAUUCUUUGUUCUUGGACAAGGGGAGCCAAUACUGCAUAUUAGGAGGAGAUAAAAGUCUGGAUUUGAGGAGACCCAAAUUCAAACAUGCCUGAUCUGCUCCAAAGCUUGCUUAUGGAUACUGGGCCUGCCUACAUAUUUCACCCUAGCCUACCUCACAAGGCUGUUGUGAGGACAGAAAGAGCUUAUGAUUUUAUUUUAUUUUAUUUUAUUUUACAAAAUAAAUCUAAAUAGAUAGAUAGCUACAAAUCCUGCUCUGGGGUCCUUGGAGGAUAGAUGGGAAGCAGCAUGUGUUAAUGGGAAAUGCUUUUUUAUAUAUAAAAAUACCAAUAUCAAAAUGCUGUGACUUUGCAGAUAUGAGUCUAUUGCCAGACUGACUCUUUCCACCAUGCAGUCCCUGACCUAAUGAGGCAGAAAGAGAGGACUGCUAAUUGCCCACAAGUCGGGACAGUAAGCAUUCAGCAAUGUUGUUAGUAGUGUUUGUUUCACCUUAGGAAGCCACAGAUCAGAAUUGUGUGUCAAUUCAGCUAUUACAAAAUGGUGAGCCAGCCCUGCUUAAUAAUAAUAAUAAUAAUAAUAAUAAUAAUAAUAAUAAUAAUUUUAUUUAUAUCCUGCCCUCCCCAGCCGCAGCCAGGCUUUAGUGGGUUCCCCAACUUCUGCCUCACGACGCUGCUGAUGGUGCCACUCUCAGGCUUCAGAGUGAAUGUUCAGAAGGGUUUGGCUUAAGGAAAUCAGAUGUGCAGUGUUUGUGAAUCUGAUAGAUAAAGACAAGGCGAAUAGUGGGAAUGAAUAGUACUGAUAACCUCACAGGCUAGUUAUGACCUGAGGCUGAAAAAAGUGCAUUGCAAACUAAAGGCAGUGGGGCACGGAGGGGGCACCAGCCAUAUAAAAGUGAUAGAAUCAUAGAAUGGUAGUUUGAAGGGACCUUGGGGGUCAUCUAGUCCAACCCCCUGCAAUCACAGCUAAAUCCUAGAGUUACAUCGUAAACUUUAUGGCUGAGUGGGGAUCCCUGAUCCUAGUCCAACACCAUAACCACUAUACCACAUUGUCUCUACAGAGAGGGGGGAGGGGGGAAUUUCCUGGAAGUCAGAAGUUUGAAAACACCCACUAUGGAUAGUUGUAUCCGUCGGUCCCGAGCCAGACUCAAAAAGGAUUUGGAGUGGCCUUCCUAUGGUGAAUAUCCUGAAUCAGAGGUGUGUGUGGUUUUUCCAAAGUACUCCCAGAUGUGGGAGCUCAGGGGACUGUAAUAUAAACGUCAUUUGACGGAUUCUUUCUGGACCCUUAUGUAGUGCUUUGGUUCAUGGCUCCAGGAGAUCCCUGCCUCUUCUGAGGAUCAAAUAACAGGUGUCACCUACUGAAGUGUGUGUGUGGAAUCUCUGGAAAUGCACAAGGGAGGGCCAAAAUUUAGAUAAAGUGACUUUGUAAGCAAGAUAUACCUGUAUACAAAGAGCAUGGAGAAGUUGAUGGUGAUGACUGGGCUGAGGAGGAGGUAGGGUGGGUUAUCUGUAGAGUCACAAAAUGUGUGUGUGGGAGGCACUUCUAUGUAGGAAACUAUCUGUGUGUGUAGGAGCAUUCAUCCUGCUCAUGUGUGAGAGACAUGUGUGUCAUUGGCCCAUGUGAUGGAAUACAUGUUUUUUCCAGGCCGGGUACCUAUGUUUCUUUGUUGUGUGGGGAGCAGGGGAGAUGCAAGGUGUAUUGUGUUACCUUAAAGACUAAGAGUGAGACCUGAUGUUAGCCAUACUCAGAGUAGACCUACUGAAGUCAUUUAUUUCAGUGGGUAUACUCAGAGUCUAACUAUCAUGGUGCUGGUAAAUGAAAUCAGCAAGGAAAGAUACAGGGGUUAAAGAUAAGCAAGAUUGGAUUUAGAAAAUAGGUGCUUUCCAGUUCACACUUCAAGUUAAGCCCUCUUUUGUAAGAAAUGUUUGGUGAGAUCUUGCUGGAAACUGGUGCUGUUGGCAUGGCAGUUUUCCACUGGAGGUGGGACAUUUGUGGGGGCUCCACCUUGUGGGCUUCCACCACUCAAGGCGGUCACCCCAGCUUGCCUCAUGGGCAGGCAAGGCCCUGAGUUUAAAGAUCAUAAUUGUUGGGGAAAAUAAAUUUAAAAAUUCACAUUCCACUGUGUGUGUGUGCUUUGAUGUUUUCUUAGGCUUGCUGUUCUAUAUUUUGGCACGUCAGCUUGUAAUAGUCUGAAUGCUGAAGGAAAAAUUGCUGAGGGUCUUGUGAACUGGAACUGGGAACUGAACAUGAAUGACAGUAGUUCAUUUUGUAAAGGAAUUAGUUCCUUUUGGACAUGCUGAACUAGAACUAGUUCUGUUUAAAAAUGAACUUUCCAAACACUGUUGCAGACCCUCACCGUCUAUGAAUAGGAGGGCAACAGGAAACAUGACUUUAUGUGCACCUCACAUAAGGGACAAGCCCUUAAUCCACAGCCCUGAUAUGCCCCUGGUCUAGAAGUUAAAAGAUAAGGCUAGAAGGAGGAAAUCAACCCCCAAGAGCAUUUGAACCUCUUGGCUUGUCUCUGGUUUGUGUCAGGGCAAAGGACAAUGAUCUGAAAGGAAACCUCAUUAUCUGAGAUAUGUAGAGUUUAGUGGACCACAAGCGCACUGACCAGGGAAACUGCUUCAAGCUGGCUCUGGCUAUGUAAGUUUCACUCAACAGCAAAGAGUACACUCCAUCCUACCCUUUGAAAGCAGUGUCCCAUUCCUAGUCCACACUCAUCUCCCCCUCCCUUACAUACAAAAGGUCCCCAGUGCUAUCCCUGGCAGCUCAAGCUAGGGCUGGGAAGACCCUGUGAUCGGAUGGGGAACUUAGGAGCCUCCAGACACGGUUGGACUGCAAUUCCCAUGAUCCAAAACAUCUGAAGGGCCACAGGUUUCCAAUCCCUGGUGUAGAGAAAGCUCAGCUAGGUUGACCAGUUGUCUGACAUGGCAGAAUGCAGCUCCCUGGGCUCAGAGAUUUAACACCGGCUCCUGGUGACAGGGCUUCCAGUUCAGCAUGAAAACUUGCAAGCCCUAUUAUGUUGCAUUCCGGAUGAAGAUUCCUUCAUUGGAGGCUUUGGCCACUCAGCAAAAAAACAUCAUGUUGUGGAAGCUGAAUUCUCUCCCAGUGGGCCCAGCCGAGCUCCAUGAAUCUGCUCUGCUUUUACCCUUUGUGAUUUUCUUGUAAGAGUACAAACUGCAAAGGAAUUCACAAAGCUUCUUGUAGUUAAUGUAGGGGCUUUGAAUGGCCGGCCCCUGUUCUCUGACGGCAGCAGCAUUCAUACAUGACCUCAUUUGGAAGCCGAGGUCUCAACUGGCACAAGAACUGAUGUGUCUGUACAGUUUAGCAUUGCGGAGGAACAUCUUAUAGCCUGAUCUUGUAAACCCAUGACCCUUCCUUAGAUUAUGAUGGUGGUGGUGGUGGUGGUGAUAGUAUUCAUAUUCAUAAUCAUAAUCAUAAUUCUUAGCAAGGGAGGUCAUAAUUAUUAUCCUCAUACUGCAGGUGCAUGGGGGGGAAGGCUGAGACUAAUACCCACUGGAUUGCAUAAGGCGACCAGGCUAGUUCAUGUUUGAGGGGAAAGGUGAAUCCAGGAUAUUCUGACUCACAGCGCAAUCUCUUAAUCAUUAAAGUGCUGCUUUUUAGUAUGCUGGUCUUCUUAGUUGUUGGGUCACCCUGGCUCAUGGUGGAUUGGAUCAGUGGCGCCAGCAUUGUUUUGUUUUUGUUUAUUUGGGUUUGUUUUUUAUGAGGAGAGCUGCUUCCAGUGAAUUUCAGUGAUGCUGAGGCACUGCUUUCUCGGCAGUUGACCGAAAGCCAAACCAAGUAGGAGGUUCCACACAGUCCAUCUUAUAGCGCUGUAUUAUCUAGCAAUACCCAGACCCAACAGCCUUCAAGAGUAUUUACUCACAAGUAGAAAUACAAGUAGGAAAUCUGUUCAAUUUGGGUCCUCUCAGUUUCUCAUUUUUCCAGUCUUAAAUUCUGUUCUCCACAUUUCCACAGCAAUUUGUGGGUGUGUUUUUUUCAUCCUCAUGAAAAUUCAUCAGGAUUGUAGUGCAAAUUCUUCCCAAUAAACACACUUUUGUAUACAGUCUUGACUAAUGUGCACAUUUUCAAGCAAUUUCCCCUAAUAUAAUGCACUUUUGCAUGCCAUUUUCACUCGUCUGCAUUUUAAUACAUUUCCCCCUAAUACAUUGGUUGGUGGAGAACUGCCUGACAACAUUCAGAGAAGUGCAAAUUUCAAAGGGUAGCUGUGCUUUGGUUCACAUACUGGUUGAAGAAGUAUGAAUUAGGUGGUUUCUCAUUAAAGUGCAAAUGAAAUAGAACUCCCCCAUCCCCACGAGUCCUGUUCCACAAAGAUGCUUUUUAACAUUAAUUAAAUGUUUCCUGUUUGCAGAUGCUUCCUGGUUUAUGACUUCCUGUUGAGCAUGAUGGAGGAUUAGUGCAGGGGGCCAUGUGUGCUACUUUACAGGUGAUAGUGCUCUGUAAAAGGACAGCUUUCUAUCUGAAGGGCUGCCUGGCCUUCCAGGUUUAAAUAUAACCCUAGAAAGAGAAAGUAGGGGCCUUGAAGUUGCUCAUCAACAGCAUCUGACACGGGAGGCCCAGAGGCGACUUCCUCCCAGUCUUCCCAGCGAGGGCGGGAUGUGUUAGCAAAUGUAUCUGUUGGAUCAUAAGCUCUUCCACCAGCACAUGCCCACCAGUUGGAUGCAGGGGUGGGUGGGAACGGAGAUGUUUAGAAUCCUUCCUCAGAGCAGGAAACGUGACUCCAACAAUGUUUGAUUCUGACCUUGCUAAGGUUCUGCAAUGCUCUGUAACAUGAAGAACUGCCAUUUUUUCCAGGGUAAACCACAUUGAAAAGCUAUUAAACCCAAUUAAUCAUCUCCGGCAGUAGAAGGAGGGGAUCUGUUGUAAUAGCUUUUCAGCAUGUGACUGUUUUAAAGCUUCUGCUUUCAGGAGAGCAGGAAAUAAUAGCAUACAUCAUGCAGAUAUGAAGGGGUUCCUGCAUGGCCCUGUUAAGUGGGGCUCUCAAAACCGGAAACAUUGUACCUUUCAGAGUACCAACAGGUGUACACCAACUGUCCCAACCUGGUGCCUUCCAGCUUUUUUGAACUACAGCUGCCAUCACCCCCAGCCAACAUAGUCAGUGAUCAGGGAUGAUGGGGGUUGUAGCUAUUUGGAAAACUAGGUAGAGGAAUGGGGCCUACACAUACAAUUACACUCACCCCAAAUGGCAUGAUCGGACCUGCUUUGGUAAUGCUAACUCCAUCUGCGUUUCAGCUGUUUGAAUUAAGAGCGUCUCUAUUUGAAUUCUGAACAGAAUGCUCUUGCAAGCAACUCAUGUUUGCUCUAUCAGCUCAGGCCUGCAAAGCUUAUCUAACAUUGCUCUUUAGGAAACAUGGGUGAACCUCCAGGUUCAGAUGCAGUAUACCUCUAGAUACCAGUUGCUGGGUAACAACAACAGGAGAGAGCUGUUGCAUCCAUGCCCUGCUUGUGCCCUUCCAUGUUGGCCCCUGUGGGAAACAAGAUCCUGGUUUAGACCUUUGGAGUGAUCAGGCAGGUCAGCAAAACUGGCAGCACCAUCCAUUUAUUAUUAUAUGUAUCCCAUCUUUCAUCUGUGAGGCAGGGUCGGCUGAGAGACAGUGACCAGCCCACUGAGCUUCUUGGCCAAGUGGAGUUUUGAACUUUGGUCUUCUGGGUCUGACACUCCAGCCACUGCACCACAUUGGUUCUCCAAGAGUGCAACGCUUAGCAAAAGGCUGGUCUUCUCUUUCCCUUAUCACGUUUUUGCACUUGGUGCUGAAAACAGCCUCGUUCCUAGAUGUCUGUUUAUGAGCUGAUUCUUUCCUGUGUUUUGGCGGCUGCUAGGGAGAGUAAUCCUACUCUGGGAAAUCCAGUGGUGGGCUUCUCUCGCUGCUGCCUGGCCUCGCUUCACAUGGAAGCUAUUCCACACACAUGGCCCUUCCGACCGCUUCACGUGCCGCUUGCAAGGAUGACAAAAGAAAUUGGCAGCGAGUGAACCAGCCGGCUCAGUUUGAGGCCAAGAAGCCAGGCUCACGUUUCUGCCUUGUCUUUUUAAGUCCCUCCCCAGCUGAAUCAGAGGGUCUUGAGAUGCUCUGAGCAUGUCCCUGUGGUUUCAGCCCCUGCCCCCCACCCCCAGCAUAAACUGUUGGCCGGGAAGGAAAAUGAUGCACAGGCAGGGGGUGGCAGGCCACUCUCCCUAAAAGUGGAGAGGGGAGAAUCUCAUCUGGGUCUUUUUGGUGGUCCUGUGGUUAAAACCAGACAUUCAGUAAUGGAAAUACUCCGUACAUGACAUCAUUUCAGGGGCCUUGUGGGAGGGGGAUAUUCUCUCUAUUGUGAACAGUGGGCCACAGUAUUUAUUUAUUUGAGGAUCUGCCACUUCCUUCUUUUUUUAUUAAACAUGGUACAGAGGGAGACACAGAAAGAAGGAAUGAAAGAGAGAGAAUGACCCAACUCACAGUUUAAAGGAACUGUUUGCUUAUAUCAUCAUUGGUUUCUGUUGUUUAUUACAUCUCUACCCCACCCUUCCUCCCAGAGGAGCCCAGGACUACAAACAGAGAGUAAUAGAAUUUAAAAUGAAAUGAAAAUACUUCAAGCAUAGGAAAACUUUGAGAGCAUUUUAAAACAGCAGCACAGCUAAUAAUCUCAAGGCUGCUGGGGUCUCUCUCAGCCAAUAACAGGAGUGUUUUAAAAUUCCUCCUGAAUGUUAAUAAAUGGGAGCCGCUGCCACGAAGGCCCUGCCACACAUCAGCACCAAGCAGGCAGUACAGGUUGUUAAACAGAUCAAAAUCCUCCACAUCCGUUCUUUUUGGGAUACAGGUUGGGAGGGCAGGAAUGAAGACGAAGCAGAUGUGCUCAGUGGAUCCAGCAUUUUAUCAUAUAUGCUAACAGCAAACUCAGUUCUCUAGGUGUUUUUCUUUUAGUCGCCAAAAUGGCACCACCCACAAAAAGAUGGAGGCUAUUGGUAACCUCAGAAGAACCCCAACUUUUGCAGAAAUACAAAAACAAAAAAACAAAAAACAAACCACACACAACUUCAUUGGGGGGAAAAAACCUUCUGUUGGACUGAACAGCCCCAAAAACAGGCCAAUGAAGGUUAAGCAUGUUCAGUCGCUACAGAAAGUUAACUGACUAUUGUGGGGGGAAACAACAACAACAAAAAUCAGGAAAGGGAACAGAGUAUCCUGAAUGAAACUCAUCCUUUUGAUUCAUUGAUUAAACAUCUUGUGCUUAAUUCAAACCUUGAGCCCAAUUAACAGUGUUAUUUAAUUAACAGAGUUAAGUGUUUAAGUUAUUGAGGGUUUUGUGUUUAUAUUCCACUGUACUUUUGUUCCUCACAUUUCUUAGAUUUCUUACCUACCACUUCACCAUAACAUCCCAGGGUGGGUUACACAACCAAAAUGCAAUAUUGCAAUCAGUUAAGGCUAUUUCUCCUUCAACGUUUAGCUGGCUGCUGGCUUUGGCUGGCUUGGAGAGUUCCCUUGCCCUUCUCCUGAAGCUCAGUGUGAGCCCUGGGAAAUUCCCCUUGUUUGGAAGAUUCAGGAGGAGGGCAGGGGAACUGACUGAUCUUGUGGUGAGUCUCUCUAGUGGCUGCGAAAGCAGUGGGAUGACUUUCUUUCCCAGGCAUCUGAGGUUCAGCACAAGCCACAGAAUCAUAGAACUGUAGAGUUGGAAGGGAACCCAAGGGUGAUCUAGUCCAACCCCUUGCAAUCCAGGAAUCUCAACAAUGCAGGCCAUCCAACCUCUGCUUCAAAACCUCCAAGGAAGGAGAGUCCACCACCUCCUGAGGCAGUCCAUUCUGCUGGAACAGCUCUUACUGUCAGAAAGUUCUUCCUGAUGUUUAGUCAGAAUCUCCUUUCUUUUCACUUGAAGCCAUUAGUUCGAGUCCUGGCCUCCAGAGCAGGAGAAAACAAGUUGCUCCGUCUUCCACGUGACAAUCUUUCAGAUAUUUGAAGAUGGCUAUAUAUCUCCUCUCAGUCUCUUCUUUUCCAGGCUAAACAUCCACAGCUCCCUGAACUGUUCCACAUAAGCUUAGGUUUCCAGAGCCUUGGUUGCCUUCCUCUGCACAUGUUCCAGCAUGCUGCUAAUAUGCUGCUAAAAUUGUGGUACUCAGAACUGGACAAAGUACUCCCAAGUGCAGAAUAGAGUGGCAGUAUUCCUUUGAACACUAGACUUCUGUUGAUGCAGCCUAGAAUGGGUUUUUUUGCUGUUGCAUCACACUGUUGACUCAUGUUAAACUUAUGGUCUAUUAAGACCCCUUGAUCCUUUUCACAUGUACUACUGGUAGUCUAGGUGUCCCCCAUCUUAUGCUUGUGCAGCUGGUUCUUCCUGCCUAAGUAUAGAACCUUUCAUUUCUCCCAAUUGAAAUUCAUUUUGUUAGUUUGUUAGUCAAUUCUCCAAUCUGUUAAGGUCAUCUUGAAUCCUGAUUCUGUCUUCUGCAACAUUAGCUACUCCUCCCACUUUGGUGUAAUCUGCUACUUUGAUAAACAUCCCCUCAAUACCUUCAUCCAAGUCAUUUAUAAAGGUGUUGAACAACAAUGGGCCCAGGACAGAACCCUGUGGCACCCCAUUUGCCACAUUUUUCCAGGAUGAUGAGGAGUCCUUAGUGAGCACUCAUUGGGUUCAAUCAGUCAGUCAGCUACAAAUCCACCUAAGUUACCUUGUCCAGCCCACAUUUUACGAGCUUAUCCGCAAGAUGAUCAUGGGGGACUUUGUCAAAAGCCUUACUGAAAUCAAGAUACACUAUGUCCAUAGCAUUCCCCGAUCCACCAAUCUCUCCCCACCAAGAGAAACUGAGCACAUAAAAAUGCAAAAUGUAUGAUGAAUUAUUAGAUUUGUAUAAAUUGCAGAUCAGAUUUUUCAAAAAAUAAAUAAUUCCAGAGAUAUCAUUUAUUUCAGUGUUGUUGAUCUACCAGUACAGGACAUAAGCAAAUAUCCCAUCAUCUAUACAGGGGUUUGGUCCCCCAAGAGGGGAAAUGUUAUACAGUAUGGGUGACAGAGAGUGUCUUCCUUUCCAUCUUAGCAUAUCUGGAACCAAGGGAGCCAAGGAAUCUGGGCUAACGAGUGUUUCAGAUUAGAAAUUCUUUUAAAAAAGAAAAAGUGUUGUGGGUUGGAUCUACCAAAGUCAUACCUUUUCCCAAAGACUUAUUUCUAUUCAGUGGAACUUCUCUCUCUCCUCUUCCUUUGUCCUCUUUACGACCACCACCCCAAAUAGUUUCUGGAGGGGUGGGGGGAAACCAGAGCAGAUUUGCAGCAUGUGGAGUGUGGGGUGAGGAGGAGAGGGAGUCCUUUUGCCCAGGCAGACGUCCUUUUGCUGAGGAGGCGACACUGUUGGAUAUAACUCUGUGUUUUUAUUGCCCUUUUGCAUGUGUGUAGUGUUAUACCUGCAAUGACGCAUUCACAGAAGUCCCCAUCCAAUGCUGCAGUCAGGGAGGGAGGGAGAUGCAUGUGUGAACUAGCCCUCAGGGGGAGGUCAGGAAGCCACUUACACAUUACCAAAAAUAAGACAACAUGGGCCAUGGCUCUUGCAGAGUUUAAAGGAAUCCAAUGCAACAGCUGCACUAGUGGAGGCUUGUUUCGCAACAGCUGAAUCCAUUGCUUAACAGUCUUUAGCAGCUGGCAUCCUUCUCACAGCCCAUUUCUUUCCUUCCAGCAAACCAGCCCAGCUGCCUCCUGAUCCUCUCUCUACUAAACUCAGCUGAUAAAGGACUUGGCUUCUGGGGGGACCACAGUUUCCCAAAAUGGAGAGGUUCCUAGAUUUCAGCCCAAACCACUCUUUGCUCACAUUGCUCCUCCUUGCAUGCCUGAGCCACCUGACCGUGGCCCAAUAUGAACAUUGGCCGCACUACCCUGAGCAACAGCCUCCGCAGCAGCUGCCUCCCCUGCCAGCUGACGUCCCUCAUAUCCAGCUGCGGUUGUCAGGGCAGAAGAGGAAGCACAACGAAGGGCGGGUGGAAGUCUUCUACAACGGAGAGUGGGGCACCGUGUGUGACGACGACUUCACCAUCCACGCUGCGCACGUGGUCUGUCGGCAGCUGGGCUACGUGGAGGCCGUGUCCUGGAGCCCUGCUUCUAAGUAUGGCAAGGGAGAAGGUAAGGCUUUUCCUUGUUCCUGUGCAUGAAGAGCAUUUGCUUUCUCCUGCCUUCUGCUAGCAAACAUUAGCCCAGAGGCAAGGAACCUUUUUCAUACACAUUUUCUUAGGGGUCUACAUAGCAGUGGUGGGCAGAGCAAUGGAUGUGACUCUUAGCCUUUGUAGAGCAGGUUACACUGCAGGCACACAAAAGCCAGAGGUUUCUACCCACACAUCCCCACCAGCACCACACCUCCAUCUGCACAAGCAAGAGGCUUUAUCUACAGUUCAAGGUUGCAUUCCAUCCAGACAAAAGUACUUGUGGGGGUGGAGCAGGGUGCAUCCUGGACAGGGGGGUGUCCUAUGGAGAACCCCAAGAACUGGAUAGAGAGCAACUCCUGCAGCCAAGCAGGUGCUAAACAUCCCGCUCUGCUUUCCUUUGGGCCACAUCAGCGGGACUCAGAGGGGGGUCAUGUUGUCUGGCCAGCCCAGGACCUCCAUAUGCACUGCCCAAGCGUGUGUCCUGACUUGGGUGCUGCUGAAGCAGUGGUUUGACUUCACCCCUGGAGGCACACUCCAUUGUCUCUCAAGACAGAUGGGUGCCAACAACAACAAUUUAUGAAGAAGAAACAGAAACUUCAGCAAACCUAUCCCUUUUUGAGAUAUAGCCCUCCUCCUCUGUGUAAGGCAAUCUGAGAGAGCUAUGUCUCAGACAUAAUCCAGGUCUCCGUUAGUGGCUCUGAUUUGGCUUUCCAAUGACGAGCAACAACUGGUUGCACUGCUGUCAACAACAACAAACCAACCACUAGGCCAUUGUGUUUAAUCACUGGGUUUGCACCACUUUCCAGUGAAAAUAGAGCUAAGGAUGGGUCAGACUUCAAUUCCUGGACCAUGAUGGAAAAGAUGGUGUCAAAGACAUUUCCCCAGAAAUUUUGCACUGUACUGUGGGCUCAACAUUCAUGAAAAAAGGAAUAAUUCCUAACCCUUUCCAACACAGUGUGGAUAAAAUCUUGUUUAUUCGUUUGGAUGGCACAAGAUUAGAUUGGGAUGAGCAUUCCCUUCCAGAUCAGCAGAUUAUAUAAGCAAACCAUUCACCCUUUUUGUUAUGGCUAGGGGCCUCAAGAGAUGGGCGUGUCUGGGGCCUCUCUGGGCCUCUGAGAGAGCUUGCAUUUGCAUCAUUAUCAUACCCAUCAACCCCCCAUCAUCUCUGACCAUUGGCCAUGCUGGCUGGCACAGAUGGGAAUUAGAGUCCCAGCAAUGAUCCUGUAAUGCACACUGCACCUCCUGAAAAUCCCAUUUUGCAUUUGCCCAUCCUAGUCCUUAUGCAUUCCUUCAGUAACUUUACUUCCUUUUGUACCAUUAAUGGAGAGAGGGGGUGGUAAAAAUCUGCACCCAUUUAUUCAGAAUUUUAGAGGCUGUAGCUUUCUCAUAACUACUAGCUGGAAUUUAACCUCUCAAUGGGCCUCUACCUGUCUCAACCAUAGUCCUGCUUUGCCUUUCUGGCAGCUCUCCCAGGUAGAGUAAAGCUUGCAGCAUUUAUUCCAUUUUCCAAAAGGUGAGAUUCCCAUUUCAGAAUGCUGCCAUUAAAUAAGCUAGAGGUAUUAUGAUGCCUGGUUACAUUUUGAUCCCACCCUCCCUCCAAGUAACUUGAGGUGGUCUACACAGCCCCACCUGCCAGGGACUAGGAGUCAGAUCCCUCUCCAUCAGGUGAUGGAGGCAAGAACUCUGAACCUGAAAGGGAAAGGCAUGCAGGGCCACCCCAGAGGCACUGCUCCCAAUUGACUUGUGCCCGACUACCACCCCAUUGCUAUCCUCUGACCCGACUGUAGAAGGCCUGUACUUCCUAUGCUCUGUUGAAGUAGGAGAUUACUAGAGAGGGAUGGAACCUUUUAAUUAGAGCAGCAUUUUGCAACAGAGGUGAUAUCAACAAUUAGGUUGCUAGCAGCCUGGUGGGCUUGCUAUAAAAGGGCUGGGUUUCAGCUUGCUCAUUGCUGGAGCAACUUCGGAGCUAAGUGCAGGUCUGCAUCUAGCCUGAAUCCUACCAGAGCCUUGUCCUCCACUUCAGGACACUACCACCUUUUUAGUUUCACAAGCACUCUACAACGUAGGUUAGACCCUUUCGUUGCCCAAGUGGCAUCCCACUACCACUCCAGCUAGGGCUAGUACUUUAAAAAUCCUUGCUGCCCCAUUCAGAAACUGCCUGAAGACAUACCUCACUUCACCCUGAGGUAUGAUAGGGCCACUGCCAGCUUAGGUUGAGAGGGACAGACCAACUGGCUUAAAGUCACCUUGUACUGUAAGCCUUAUGCUGAGUGGUGGUUUUAACCCAAGUCUCUCUGCUUUAAGUCCCAAACUAUAGCCGCUAUACCACACAUCCUGAUACCCCCCUCUCCAUUUAGAUGACUCAGUCAGUGGUUAAACUGAACCCCCCUCUACAGCUGUUUAUUGAGUAGUUGGUGCCUUUGGAUAGAUUUGAAAGCUGCUAAAUAUAGAAGGAUGAUUUUUCAGCCUGGAUAAUUGGAGGCUGUGGACUAAUCAGCAAAACUAGUGGAAUUUAGUGACACUGCUGCAUUGUGAAGUGAUACUCUUGCAGGUUUCAAUGGGAGGAACCUGUGAUAAAGGUCACUUUAUCCUGACCCUUGUAAACUGAUAAAGCACCAUCAGAUGAUUGACACAGAAAGGAGGGGGGAGUGAGGGUUUUGUGCAGUCAUGUGCCUCUGGAAAGCCCAUGAGCAGGACAUGAGAACUAUCGCACUCUCCUGUUCAUGUUCCCCAGCCACUGGUAUUCAGAGACAUGCUAAUACUGGAGGUAUUAUAUAGCAAUCUUGUCUAGCAGCAAUGUAUGGCCUUAUCCUCCUUUGAAAGCUGUCCAGGUUGGUGGCCUUCAAUAUAUAUUGCAUGGGGUCCUCAGGCCUUUUUUUUUGGCAGCCCUCGGCAACAUUUGAUGCCCCCUGCCCUGACAGCCCUUGCACUGCCCUCCCAAAGCCAGGUAAGCAAGGUACUGGGCUUUGGGAAGAAGGUAUGAGGUCUCCGACAGGGUCCUAGAGUCCUCCAGGCUCCUUUUCAAAGCCUAGUUAAUGCUUUGACAGCUUUGGGAAGAAGGUGGUAGGGCUCUAGGACCCUGCCAGAGCCUUGCACCUUCUUCCGGGAGGGGCCAUCAAAUUUUGGCCUUGCUCCUCCCCACCCCCCAGGAGUUCCAUCUCAAAGUACUUGUUAUGAAAAGUUGGACCACCCUGAUAUCUUGGAAGGAGAAUAUAUGACCACUCAGCCACAGUAAUUGAAAUGUGUGGCACGGUUUCGGGAUCUUUAUUUCUUGUCUUUCCUCUGUAGGCAGAAUCUGGUUGGACAAUGUCCACUGCAAUGGCAGAGAAGCUUCAUUGGCUGUCUGCACCUCGAAUGGCUGGGGCGUAUCAGACUGCAAGCACACCGAGGAUGUGGGUGUGGUCUGCAGUGAAAAGAGAAUCCCUGGCUUCAGGUUUGAUGACUCCCUGCUCAACCAAAUAGAGGUAAGCACAGCUCGGUAUUAAGCAGGGCUUAGCCCCUGAAGCAUCAGCUGCUUAGACCUGUGAGAACAAGUUGCCUCCAAUUCAUUUGGCAAACCAUUGUUGUAGUCAGGGUACACAGUUCUCAAAUUCCAUUUAGAAGAAUGUUGAUAAAUGAACAAUAAAAUAUGGAUUAAUGUAGGAUGCACCUUUAGGCCGUGUUUGCAAACUUGGGUUCUGCAGAUCUAGGCUGAUGCUAAAAGCAAGUCAGAGGCAGGGGAGGGGUGUAUCUGUAGGCAGAUUUAGGGCAGGUGUUUUCCACAGCAGGAUCCCAGAAUCAUUGUUCAGGGCUAAACCCCAGAGUAGGCAGGCGGGAGCAGCUCUAUUGAUUGAUAAGGAUAGAAGGCAAGGCUCCUUCUAUUUAUAUUACACUAUACAAAAUGUACAAAAUACAUUGUAAGUAGGGUAAAUAUAGAUGCCUCUUCACCUGACAAUGUAUGUAUGAAGACAGAUGCCCCUCAUGCCACAACCAGGUUUGGGCUUUUCUGUUCUAAGGUAAGCUCUCCUCCUCAACGGACUCUUUUCUAACACAUGUACCUGACUCUGAUUCCAGUGAGGGUUUUCCCCUUCACCAGUUGGCUUUUAUUUAAAGAUACCUACAAUGCUUUUACAUUUAAAUCAGGUUGACCAGGUGCAAAAUAAGAGAGAAGGUGCAGAUCACUCUGCACAGCUGGCAGGAGGGAGGUGUUCCAUGAUUCUCACAAGGGCUGGCCAAUCAACAGCUGGAUUCUCAUGGAAGGAGGAACAGCCUAUUGCUCCCGAGUUCAACUUAGUUUGGUGGUUUGGCCAUCUUUCCCAAGGGAGUAAGUAUAGGUCCACUUACUGCAAGUGAGAUACGUACUACUGUACUUCACCCUAGAUUUCUCCAUAUGCCUCUUUGGGGGUGUUGUAUUAGAGAAGCACCAAGCAUGAUUAGAAUGCCUUUUGCUCUCUUCCUUGAAUGUGUGGGCUUUUUGCAUUCCACCCUGGUUCUCUUGGAGAUGACUCAACUUGGGGAGGUCACAGAAUGCCCAAGAUGGCUUGGGUAGUCACUGGCUUCCCCAGGGCCACAUCUGCAUUCUCAGAGCGGAGACUGGAGGAAAAGAUGGAUGUCUAGACAGAGGUCAGCUCUCUCUGGAAUGCUUCAUAUAUUUAAUCAUGCAAGUCAGCUUCUCUGCCUACUGCUUUUCCAUUUGCUAAGGAUUGAAGUAUAUGAGGUUAAUUCAAGGCCAUUCCGAUCUACCCUGAUGAAUCAGUUUGCACUGACCUAACUCUUCCUAGGAACUUGAAAAAUCAUACUUUGGGGGUGGGAGGAAAUGGGAAAUAAAUUAUCUGCGUAGGAGGUAGAGGAGCAGAGGCCUUGGCUUGUGUAUAUAUCAGAACAUUCACAGGCUUCUGGUUGAUCUGGUGCCUGUUGCAUCCAUACCAUUUUGUGUCUUGCAUUCAUGAAUUGACCUGGAAACUGGUAGGAAAACUCCCUGCAGUUCACACUGUCCUAUGCUUAGCUUCAUCCUUGAUCAAAGGCUCAAAUCCUGGUAUAUCCUGUGCUUUUUCCUGGGGGUAUUCAAGGGUAUGCAGUACCGGCAAUACAAUAUCGGGUAUCUCCACUUUGGGGAAAAGAGUUCAGGGGGCAGGUCUGGGGUUUUUUUUGCCUGAGGCCCUGGAGACUCAGUUAGCCUGAGGAAUGGAAUUGCCUGACACCAACUUGGACUCUAAACAGGUGGUGACCACUCUCACAAGCCAAGGAAAAAUCACCUUGGAGUGAUUUCUGCUUCAGCCAGGGUUGGGGAACAUUUUUCAGCUGAAAGGCCACAUUUCCCUCUGGCAUAUUUCUUUGGGGCCACAUGUCAGUGGUGGGCAGAAGCAGGAAGCAAAAGUGAGCAGAGCAAACAAAGGAAAAUUUGCGCAUUGGACAGUAGUUUGGUCUUUACAAAACUCAGUCGCUCAUCUCUGUCCUCCAUCCAGAUAAGCAAGACACAUUACAGUGGAACAUUGGUUCCCAAAUGCCUCCGUUGUCAUAUGUUUUGGUUCUUGAACACCAAAAACCCAGAAGUAAAUGCUUCCAUUUUCAAACAUUUUUGGAACGUGCAACUUGGCGUCCACUGAGUGCAAGAAGCUAUUGCAACCAAUGGGAAGCCGCACCUCGGUUUUUGAACGUUUCAGAAGUCUAAUGGGCUUCAAGUACAGAUUUCGUUUGAGAACCGAGGUACCACUGUAUCAAAGUUCAAGGACACAUUCCAACCAGGCAAAAACAUUUGGGGGGUGAAGCAGGGCCAGUGAGGGGUAUGACUGGGGAAGAAUCCAAAGGGCCAGACAGAGAGGAAUGCUGGACCAAAUUUGGCCCCUGCUCUGAAGUUCCCCAUCCCUGCAUCAGACCAUAAGCACAGCAGGAGGACUGCAAGAGGCCUCCUGUCUCAUAAUGAGUAUGGAAACCAGUCACUGAUGGCUCUUAAAACAGGGAUGGUCAGUCUGUUUUAUCCCGUGCCCUAGUGGUCUUUGGCCUAGUUUCAUGUGGGUGACAAGAAGGCACAAAAUGGGAUAUGAGAGAGAAAAUGGGCAGAGAGGAAAGGAAAAGGUGCUGUUGCAUCCACAACUGGUUGUGGCAUUAUGUACCACCAGCAUGUGGCCUACUACAGGUUACCCCCAAGGAAAUAUGGCUCGCAACCGCAACAGCAAAAGAGUUCCCCGCUCCUGUCUUAAAGGUAUGGUUAAUACAGGAGUCGGGAGAGAAUCAAGUUGUGGAGUCAUCAUGAUAGACAUUGGAUGGUAAGGUUGGGUGAAGGUUAGUCUGACUUCUUUGGAUUCAGGGGUUGCCCUGGUUCUUCUGCAGGCUGUGGAGGCUGCUCCAUUAGAGCAAGUGGGGCACAGCCCCACUAAUCUCCACCUUUGCUUAACCAGCCCUCACUUGCCUGCCUUCCUACUUACAACCAGCCUAAGAGGUGGAAUUGCCUGACACCUUCCCCCUCCUCCUUAGUCUUAGGGCUUGUCCAUGCCUCCAUUUGCCCCACCGUUUUCCCCUGGGGAAACCCGCAACUUACCACUGAAUCAGACCAAAUGGCAAUUGCAUUUCCCAUGGAUUGCUGUUCGUUCUGAUUCAUCAGUAAAGAGCAUCUUUUCCAGGGUAAAGCUGUGGAGUAAAUGCAAAACUGCUCUGAGCCAUGGGACAAGCAUAGCAAGGAGGGGGAUAGCAACCAAACCUAAAGCAGGUGGCUGUGCCUGCCAUUGGCUCAGUUUCCUUGCCUUCCAGUUCCUGUGGACUCGCACUGCCUGCAUCACCUGCUUCCUACUCCUGUUUUCUCAACCCGAGUAUGUUUUGACCAAACAGUCCAUAGGUCUCUCAGGCUCUCUUCUCCAGUGGAUCCUUAACUUUUAAAAACCUGCCUUGGAUUUUUCAAUGCUUGGGGAAGGGGGGAGCAAAAGGAAACUUUUACAGCAGUGUUUCAGCUGCAGAAAGUUUAGCCUGUCUCUGUGAGCCAACAGACUACUCCCCUUUGGUCUUUUUUUAAACUAGUCUGAGAGUGGCAUCACAUCUUCUGUGGCCACUUGCUCCCUUCAAGCAGCCGUGCUUUCGGCACGUGGCGCUGUGCUGUCCCAGAUCCGGCAGUCAAUGUCUGUGCACGUGGAUGCAAAGCCUCAGACUUUUCUUCCCUUAACACCACAGGGAUUCUUCUGUAAUGGAAAAGCUGAAAACCUGGCCACACAGCUGCUUAAGUUAUUACCACUCAUUGUACUGUAAAGAUUAAAAAAACACCUUAUCAGCUCAUCAGAAAGCAUUGUGCUGUGCAAUUCUAUUUGACUGUUGUAAGAAACCACCACCAUUUAUUACCCCUUAAGUUUCUGGAAUAUGUAACAACAGAAAUGCAGGAUCAGUUUUUUAAAAAUAUAUAUAAUUGUUGCAGUCCAGCCUAAAGACCCCACUGCUCUCCCUCUGCAGGAAAAAAAAUAUGUUUGCCUGAAUUAGAUAUUGCGUCGCUUUCCAAAGAUGCUUAGGACAUUAGGUACAUGGGAAGCUGCCUUACAGAAAGUCAGGCUCAUUUGUCUAUCUAACUCAGUAUUGUCAACACUGACUGGCAGCAGCUCUCCAGGAUUUCAGGCAGGAGUCUUGCCUAACUGGAGAUGCACUUCAUACCUAAGAAUUAUAGUUGGUGGUACGAAGGGCGGCAGCAGAGCAGUAGAACAUCUGCUUUGCAUGCCACAUGAUCAGUUGCCUGGUAAUCAUGGCUUGCCACUUUGCCAUGCUAUCCAGCAAUUUAAUGGGCAUAGGAAAUAGGACCCUGCUAUUUAUAGUUUUUUUAAUUGUCACACACACACGUGCGCAUUCCUUUUAAAAAUUUCUUUUAAAAAUUUAGUUCCUUUUAAAAAUUUAGUUGUUGACUUUGCCCUUUUCUGCUUGAUAUAGGUCUUGUUACUGAAUAUAUCAAGCCACUGUGUAGACAGAAUGGCUCUGAAUUCCAGCAGCAUUCCAGCUGUGGGCAGAUUCAGGUACAGGUGUAAUAGGACCUAGAUCUCAGGUCCAACAUUUAUAUCUGUGGGGUUAAUAAGCAAUAGGGGUAUGUGUACACAUAUAUGGGAGAGUUAAGAUGCCCCAGUCAUUAGGAGUCAUUAGCAAUCAAGAAUUCAAAGGUCCACUAAUGAUCUAAGGUUGAAAAUAAGAAUAAAUCAUGGCAUUCAGUCUUAGAUAAUUAGCAGAGCAUCAACAUAUUGAUUCCAUACCCCUGGGCAGCUUAAUCUUCUCAUUUAUAGAAGAAUGUCAAAACAGCUACCAAGAUUACCAUCUACAAGAAUGAGGGUGUUUUAAAAAUGAGCUUAUUUUAAACUUAUGUUGCUUAUUUUCAGUUCUUACUCUUCAGUUAGGUGUUACAGGUUUCUAGACUAGAUGGCAAAUGUUCAGCUUAUUUCCAGUUUGGUUACUUCAGUUCCUCAACUUGGUUGUUUCAUAGGUGCUACACUGGGCUUUUCCCCCCAGCUAAAACUCACUGGAACUCAGUUCCAGCACCUCCAAGGUGGGUAACACUGCCAUUCUAAAAGAACAAGGGGGAAGUUCAUGGUGAGCUCCAACACCUCUUUUUCUAGAAAAAAUAGCACUAGUGCUACAGCUUAAUAUUUUGGUUCUUAAAGAAGGUGGAACCUCCAGUCUGUUCCCCAAACUCUUCUCACUCCCGCUCCUGAGGUACCUCUAGAGGUAUAACAGGAUCUCCCCCACCCCUUGUGACUGGAUUUGGAUUCUUCUCUUCCUAGAAGAUCUCUCUCCUCCUGACUGACAUGAGACCCAAGGAGACGGUGUCCUCACAGCUUCUCCUUCCCCAACUCAGCCCCCCAGUUCACUCCUCUCUGAAUACUCUCCCAAGACACCACACAAUGUCUUCCUAUCUAAGCUACGAGGCUCCUUCUCUAGCUGGAGAUAUUUCCCUCAGAGUGGCUGUCGCACACAGACCAGAACUGACUAUCCCUGACUCUCUUGCUCUCCCUCAAUCCACCUCCCCAUCUGAAUCCUCUCUCACAAACGGCUCCUUUUCUUCUCCCUCCCAAAGCGCUGGCUCCACCCCCCCUCUUGGUAGCCAAUCAGAGAGAGGCUUCAGCCCUCUGGUGGAAUUCUCAGGCACUGCAUCACCAGACUCUGGUCUGGCUCAGCUGUCCGUCACAAAGGUAUUCCUGUUAAUUUGUUCACCCCACACUUUUCAGUGCAGUUCUGUUAUAGUUGUUUAGUGGAUUUAUUGCAUCACGACGGAGCACUUUAAUCCACUUCAAUUGCACAAACCAAAAUUUCUGAUAUGCACUUGAAUUCUUUCCACAAAAUAUAACCACACACACACACACACACACACACACACACACACGUGUUCGCUCUCCCCUUACUGCCUAUUCACCCAUUCCUCUCUCACAAACAGAGAUACCCAUUUGCACUCUUAAGUCUUACAGUUUUCUGCUGUUAGUGCUGUUCCCUCCCUCCUCUUCACUGCUUCUACCAACACCCCGUGUAUCCUGAGGCCUUGUAUGCUUAGCAUUCUUUUUCUUUUUAAACUUCUGAGCAGUUGGAAUGCUCCUAAUACAUUCCAUAGCACCUCACCAAAUGAACCGAUGGCUAGAGAGGGAGGACCCCUUUCCAUCAGCUGGAGGUGGAACCUUUGCAAUCAAAGAGCUAAAGGAUUUCCCAAGGAUGCAGCCGGUGUCACAUUCUUUCAACUUUAUUUGAAUGAGGCAGUGUGCAUGUGUACACACAAAACUGACAAAACACAAUUCGGGGAGGGGAGAAACAGAAUGCCCUGUGUGCUUUCAUAUGAUAUUUCAGCUUGUCUUGGUGUGAUCGUAGCCUUACCCUUGCCAGUUAUCCAUACUUGCAGGUGGAGACUUGCAACACACCUUGAAGCAUAUCCCUCCCCAUUCCUGUCCAGGGCUCUAAGUGGCUUGCAGCAGGAGCCAAAUGGGAAUAGGCAGGGAGGAAUGAAAAGUCAACUAUUUUAUUCCCUACUCCACCCAAAGUUUUAUCUGCUGUGCUACAUAGCACUAAAGCAUGGGAGACUCACCUGCGCCCUCCAAAUGUUGCUGGACUCCAAAUCACAUCAGCCCCAGCCAGCGUGGCCAAUGGUCAGGGAUGGUGGGAGCUGGUGUCCAACAACAUCUGGAGGGUCCCAGAUAGGGAAAGAAGGACCUGUCAGUUUGGUUAUCUAGGGGCUCAUCCACCCUUAACCUUUUGCCCCAUGCUUUCUAGGCACAGGUCCAUGCUUUAAAGCACCAUGUUUGAGGGGGCCUCCCUUGGAAGCGCUUUCCCCACGAAAACCCACUCUUUAAUGCUGAAUCAGAGCAAUCGACAAUGGCUGCUUACCUGUUUUGGUGGUGAGUGGCGGUUGUGGCCCCCUGCGUCACCUCCAAAGCCCACAGAGCCUUGCCACGUGUCUGCGAUUAUUGCUGCACAUCCCCCGCUGCCACAGAGCGUUGUGGGCACCGCCAGGCCUGCAGUUCAAAUUCAGCCCAUCCGUGGCGACUCGGGAGGCAGGGCUUGGGGAGCGGACCUGAGAAUCCUAGACUUCACUCAGGUCCUCUCCCCGGGCAUAAAAGCAGGCCGACGCUGCUUGUGGCAUCCCAGUCGGCCUUGGAGCUCACCCCCCCCCUUCAUCCGUGCUGCUGCUCAUGUGUGUUUCCUUUCCUUUCAAUCUUUUCCUUUCUACCUCUGCAGGUUUUGCUAUGGUCUUUUGACGGUUGACGUAUUCGGAGCCGGGAAGGAAUUUCCCCUGCCCAGCAGGUUUUGCCUUCCCCAUAGCACUAGGUUUAGGCCUUGGGCCGAAUCCUUUCGUCCAUCCUUGACCGGGGCAGGGGUGGAGUGGGGACCACCCCCUCUCUGCGGCGGCAAUUACAGGGUACCCCAUUAAAGGGGUCUUGAGGGGAAGCCAGAGGUUGUUGGCUAACGGGCCAUACAGCUUCCCCCAGCCUUUGGGUGGCCCAUCUGCAUAAACCCAGCCAGACCCUGUCAUGCCUCAGUCCCCUGCAAGGGGGGCUAAGAGGUCUACACACCCAAUGCCUAUGCCAAGGUUCACCAACAUCUGAAAUCAGUAAAGCAUAGCUGUCAACUUUUCCCUUUUCUUGUGAGGAAUCCUAUUCAGAAUAAGGGAAUUUCCCUUUAAAAAGGGGGGAAGUUGACAGCUAUGCAGUAAAAUCGUGACCUUUUAAAUCCCAGUUGUCGUGUCCAUUAUUUUAUCCCUCUAGUCAGCAUGCAAUCUGGGUUUUCCCAUAGAUUGUUUGCUUUGAUUCAGCAGUCAAGAAUGGGGUUUUGUUAGGAAAGCACCAGGACAAAAAAAGCACUUGAACGUGCCCCCCCAAGACACCCUCAGUAUUUCCUAGGACAGAAGUUCUUGACCUGUCUUUGGGUGGUGCCACUUUGUCGCCCAGCUAUCUGGACCAUCAACCGGAAUGGUUGUUGUAAUUUAGAGAUACUUUCUUACAGUAUACAUAAGGAUGGUGUUAUAGUGAUAAUCCCUGGGGGAUGGGUGGGGAGCCAAGAGCAGAAAGAGAGAGGAGCCCCAGCAGAAACUGUUUUUGGUAACUAUAUUUGUUUGGCAAUAAUACAUUAUAUUAAUUUCCCUUUGGUGUUACCUUCAAGUGACUUAACCCCUAAUUUAUGACUCCAGCUUCACUAUUAGAAGUGUUGCCGGGCGCAGUGCUGCUCUUAAGAGUUCCUGCCCGCAAAUUCGUCAAGAUACUCCAUUAAAUCCCCCUCCCCCAGUCUUCCCUUCCUCCCCUGCAACAGUCAGACAGUGUUUCAUGAGCAUUCAGUAUAUUCAGUCCUCCUUAGGCUGUUUUUGGGUUUCUUUCCUAGGGUUUUCCUAUACUUCUGCAAACUUGCUAACGCUUCCGUCAUCUCCAUGUAUGGUGCAGUUCUACCAACUCACAGUUGGAGAACUGAGUUUGCUAUUAGUUUAUAAUAAUAUGAUGAAGAUGAUAGGUGCUUGCUGUAGAACAAUAAUGUAUUUCAAUGCAUUUCCCUGCUUCUCAUGUUUAGUUUCUAUCAUGUUAUGGGAAUAUCUUACAUUUUCUGAAUUUUUUAUCCAUUCCGUGUUUUGUUGUAAGUUCCUAUGACCACUAGCUGAGACAACAGGCUGACAAAUCCAGUGCUUCUAAUCACAAGUACAAUUCCCAAUGGUACAUAUGCCCAUAACACUUGUAUAACUACUGCCAGAAAAAAUGUUGUGAAUGUGGUGUAUGAGUACAGGGAUGGAAGAUAAUUCUGUGAUCAAAGGCUGAAAUGUGUAUGCAGCCUGAUGAUGACAGCAGCUGCCACUGACGUGGCCCCUUAUGUCACGUCUGAGACGGUGUAGUUAGGCGAGACACUCUUGAGUACAUACGUAAAUGUACUUGGUGUGAAAUUCCUUGGAUUCUUCAGCUUCUUGAAGGAACACUAGAUUGCUGUGUCUGUCCAGACCCAUGGGAAAAUUCAGACAGAGGAAUGGGAUACCCCAGGCAAAAGUUUGUGCCAGGCAAAAUGAUCACAAUGUUCAGAGGAGGUUCCCUUUUUCCAAUAAGAUUUUAUUAAUACCUUUCAUAAUACACUGCAAUAAAAAGCAAACUAAUAAAAACAGAGAAAGAGAAAGGCAGAAUAAUGCAAAGUCCUUUCUCACAGGUAGAUCUUAACUCUUACCUUACACAGAGAGAGGUGAACCCUUCCAGCUCUCACCCGGGAGCUUCCCUUUCUUCUCCCAGCCUCCCCCCCCCCCAACUCUCUUGGUCCUUCACCCCCAUCUACAUGCAAACCCCUCAUUAACCCUGAGUGUAUGACAACAAGAAACACGAAAGAACAGAGCAAAGCAGAAGCAAGAACAAAGCAAAAAGGGAAAAGAAAAGAUAACCAAGGGAUAAAAAUAUUAAAGGAAUAUUAAAAGGAAAAAUAUUAAAGGAAUAAGAAAAUAAUAAAAGAACAGAAAAGAAAGGAAAAGAAACAAGUAAAAAGGACUUCCAACUAUCCGUCUGUCAGUUGUAUAUACAAGAGUUCUUCAAAAUAUUCAGAUGUUCACCCCAGUGUAGUAUCCAGCUGUUCCUCCCAUAGCCAGUUGAUUUCCCCCCAGUCUUCUAGUCUGGGCAUCUCAGCUUCAUUCAUUGGGAAUGUUCAGAGCAGGUUCAAUGGUAGAGCACCUGCUUUGCUUCCAAUGGGUUUCAGGUUUACUCCUGGGGCCACCUGCAAUUAAAAGGAUCAGGUAGCAGGUGAUGGGCAGAGCUGUACCUGAGACCCUAGAAAGGUGCUGCCAGUCGAAGAAGAAAUUGUUUGCAUUUGACAUCAUGCUAAAUCAUACCAGCUUGGCAUGAAUGAGGAGAAACAAGACCCAGUGGGUCCUGGGUUUAUGUGCUUCCCCCUCUCCUCCUUCCAUGCAGAUGGGAGGAGGGGGAGACCAGAAGCUUUUGCUUCAUGGUACUUUGUAUCACCUGAACUCACAAACCUUAUGGCUGGGGUAGCCAACAUGGUACUCAAUGGAUGCUGUUAGAUAUUAACUCCCUUCAGCCCCAGCCAUCAUGGCUAAUACUCGGGGAUGAUUUAUUUUUAUUUAUUCGUGCCAUUUAUAUAAGUGCUGUACAUGGUUCUCCCCCUCCACGCAACAACUUGUUAGGGUGAGAGACAGUGACUGGCCCAAGGUCACCCAGUGAACUAGGGUUUCAAACAAGCUCCUUGAAGCUGCCUUGUCUAAACUAACAAUAGUUAACUACAGUUCUGGGUUUGGACAAUAUGGUAAGUUGUGAUUAAAUGAAAAUGAAAGCUGCUUAACUCCUGUUCCUGACUGUGAAAGAAAAGGAGAGAUGGGGUGGGGAGUGUGCACACCAAAAAGGCAUUCUGUGGCUCAUUUCUGCCACACUAAGCUGUGGUUUAGCAUGACAUAACAGUGUGGUCAGUAGUUAGCUAGAUGGACAAAUAGACUGAACUAAUAUAAUGCAGCUGCCUGUGGAUGCUUCCACUCAUGUCAAAACCACCAGAAAUCUCUAUUAAAAUGGAAAGUUACUCUGUGAAGAUUAGCUGUGGACUUCCUGCCACUCCAUUGUCAGAGACAGUAUGUGAGUAUCAGUUGCUAGGAACUGCAGGCAGAGAGAACAUUGCUAUGCUCAGGCCCCAGGCCCCAGAAUUUAUAAUUCUAUAUUUUGAGGCUGGCUCCCUAGUUUACUGGGGCAUCAGUGCAUCCCCUGACAGAAUGUUAUUAGUACUUGGCUGUUUGGUUCCAUCUGGUAGAUAGCAUGUAAUGGUACCAGAUUUCUUAUUUGAUGCUUGUCAAAGCAAUCAGAGACGCCAUCAAAUCUAAAGCACUCAAAUUCAAAUCCUGCAAAAAAACUUCACUUUCAAAACCCAGAAUCACACAUUUCUAGGUUUGCAUUGACAUUGUCAGGGGCAAAAUUGGCAAUUUCAGCAAUUUAAGAAUAUUUGCUCCAGCACUACUCUGGGAGCAGUGUGGUAACCAACUUUCUAAACUUAAUAUUAGUGGGAGUUAUUCACAAAAAUCCUUUGCACUGUUGGUAAUAUAUUGUGAUUUUCUGCUGAGGAUGUUCCACAUAUCAGGUGAAGGCUUGCCAGGAGCGUGGCCAACAAACAGCUGUAACCAGCCUUGCUCUAGAGGCUGACUGCCAAGUUGUGUAAAUGGCAGGAGACUAUAACAUGAGUCACUUCAAGGACAGAUGUUGUUCCAGUGUUGGUGCAGGCAAAUUCCACAAUGGUAGUUCAUGUCAGGGCAAAGCAAGGAAGACAGGAUGGGAACUGAGGGCUUCGGAAGAAUAAUCAAGUAUGAGGCAAAAAAGCAUUGGGUUGCCGGCAUUCAGAUGGAAGGGCUUGAAGUAAGUCAGGGACUGGGAGAGCCUGCAGGAACAGAUGAAAGUAGGAAAGUUCCAGAACAUACCAAGGCUUCUGUUGCUGAAUUGUUGAGAGCUGCGGAUUCAAAGAUGCUGUGCUCUGAUUCUCUGGGCUAUCAGUCAGUGCAGGUGAAAUACUGGUAUCUAGACUUCAAGUUCAGGUCUACUGCCAAGGGUGAGGGAGCCCCCAGUAAAGUGUGGACAGUGGGAUUCCUGAAACAAUGGUUGGCCCGCUAGUUAGGACUUGUAGUGGCCUGGGGGCCUUGCCUUUGUGGCACCAGCAUGUUUUUCCUUCGUCAACUUCCCCCAGGUUGAGUUGGCUACCAAGACAUUGUAGUGAAAAAAUCAUGGCUGCCACCACAAAAACAUGGUAGCCAACUUGAAAAGCUAGCUGGCCUCUGCUUGGAACUGAUAUGGAUGUUCCUUUUAAGGAGAGACCAGAGCAGACGUUAAUUGGUGGACUGUGCUGAGGAGGGUGUACUGGGAGACCAGCAACUGAUCAACGAUGCGUGCUGCUAACACUGGACCUGAUAACGUUAAUCUAGCUGAAGAAACUGAUGUCUGAAUCAAUUAUAUGACUGCCAUCAUUUGCUUUCUGGGAAGGCUAGCAUCUUUAACAGUUAUGGGACAUGAGGAAUUCAGUUGCAUUUCCAUGAAAAAUACCUCUCUGCCUUUUGAGUUUCUGCCUGUUCUGCAGUUGGCAAAGGCACAAAAGCACGGCUGUAAAUCAGGAAGCAAACCUAACCAGUUGCUCCAUCUUUGGCACAAGCACAUAAAAUACCAUGGAUGAAGCUCGAACAGAUAUUGUUCCAGCUUUCAGGUUAAGUUCGUCUUUUAUUUUCUUUGGCUUCAUGGAGAGAAUAGCUCAGAUCUACUGCAAUAUAACACUUGCUUCAGCUUAUACCUAAACGUUAUCACAAUGGGCUUUCAAUUUAAAUGCCAUUAAAGAACUUUAAAAACGGAAGGAAAUUAUCCAAACUCACCCAGGGAAACUGGCAAUUCUUUGACAUAUUUUUGUUAGUUUGUUAAAAAGAUUUAAUGCUUAUUUUAACCCAUUGCUGUUGACAAGCUAACUGAUGCACAACAUAAACACAUGACAGAAUAUAAUAAUAAAGAGGACUUAUACCCAAUGUAAAGAAAUGGAAAUUGAUUAAUUAUAAGAGUUUGAGGCUGCUAUCCUGUGCCAACAGGGAGUAAGCUUCAUUGAACCCAAUAGGACUUAUGUCUGAGUAGACAUGCAUGGGAUUGCAUUAUUAGUUAAUUGCUUGAUUAUAUCAGUUAUAUCUACAUAAAAAUAAAUAUUAGAAAGCUAUACUUCUAAAGCACACAUAUCACAGCAGGGAAUUAGAAAAUACAUUAGGCUUUCACACACAGAAAGGAAUGCCUUUUUAAAGAUUUGCAGUUUAGGACCUUAGUAGAGUAUAGGAAACUGUCUGUCAGGGGCUAAAGCCAGGGAGAGGUCAGCAAUAAAAUAAUAAAGCCCCCAACAUCAGUGAAAUUACUGCUUUAUUUAAAGAAAUGAAACAGUGCCGUCCUAGUGAUGAGAGCAACUCUUCCCUGUAGGUCUUGCCCCAAUGCGACAGUUGUGAGGACUGAAGGUCUCUGCCUUCCCACCGCUCUCUAAGACCCCUCUUCCCCCAUUUCCUUCCCCAGCAGCCUAAGGCUCCACCGUCUUCUCUCCCACUGCUCCACCCUCUUCAUUUCUCUGCAUGUUUGGGGGGACCAGGGGGGAGGGAACCCUGUCGCAGCAGGUGGGGGAGACUCCCUGGAUUCUCCAGCAGCUUGACUCAACUCUGUCUCUUGGCCCUCAAUCCUCUCCAGCCUCUAAAUCGGGGCUGCUCUGUGCCCCAGCUUCUUCCUGCUCACGAAACCCUGUUACCUCUUCAACUUCUGACACCUCAUCCUCCCAGUCUUCUCCCUCUGACCACUCGUCGUUGUCCCACCACCAAUCCUUGGGCUCUGAGCCUUCUUCCCCUGGGGGUGUCCUUGGGGUUUCCCUGUGGUGCCUGCCAACACUCCUCUUCAUCCAACCAGUCCAUGGCACUGCCCCAUCGAGCUCAGUAUUGUCCACACUGGCUGGCAGUAGCCCUCCAGGUUUCAGGCAGGGGCAUUUUCCAUCUUCCUGUAGAUGCCAGUGGGACAUUUUGUACCUGGGAGAUUUUGCACAUGAAGCAUGUGCUGUCCACUGAACCACAUAGCCGUUCAUGGAAUCACAGUCCUUCCCCUUUUUAAAAGAGUUUGAUUUGAAAAACAAAAUCUGCUGAAACCUUUUAGUCAAUCUUAUUGUUUUAAAUUAAAUUGAUUAUAAUUGAUGAAUCAGCUAAACAAUGUAGCUCUGACAAAAAAGUUAAAAUGGGGCCCACCAUUUCCCUUAGCGGCAGAAAUUCAUUUUCCAGGAUGAAAAAUAGUAUUUAGUCUGGCAAAACACUCAACUGAUAUCUUUUACACCAUUGUUUUAGUCAAUGUAACUACACAAGCAGAUCUAGUGGGACUAUUUUGUUUUAUAGGUGUGCAAACUGUGUGCCUGUAUGAAGUUGAACUGGGAAGCAGGAAAGAAAAUGGGGCAAAGGCUUAAGUUAGCUUUUCUGGCAGACCUUAAAUGUUGUGCUGACCUGGUAAAACCAUUAGCAGACUCAAAUAUCCUCUGAGGAUAAAAGCUAUGAAAUAUUGCUGAUGAAAUUGUUCAUAUGUGUUCUUAGCCAACACAGGAUGAAAAUCAGAACAAAAGAGGGAUGGAUUAUUAUUAUUUUAAUUUCUUUUUGCAGUACAUGAAUCUUCUUUUUUAUACUAGAAACUUUAAGGAAGAGAAGCAAGGACUGGCGUGCGAUAGAAGCAGGGGAAAUUUCCCAGAGUGGCAUUUUUUCCUUUUACACCAAUACCCAAUGUGUUGGGAACUCAUUUCUCAAGGCCAAUUUAAAAGUGAUUUCACUAGCUACAAUUGUUAGUAUUUAAGCCUGACAUGUUUGCCUAUAAAGCAGAAAGAUCAGGGUGGCUUUCACACUAAACUUUUCUCUGGCAGUGUAAUCAUCUAUUUACUCAAUUUUUAUGAAGCAUUCACUGUGUUGUAGCUAGAUUUUUGCAUUGCAGUGGUUUUUCUGUUGUCUUCAUGUAUUUUUUCAGAUGUAAUCCAUGGUUUGCUAGUGGUUUUUUGCAGUAAAAUGUUACAUUUGCAGCAGCAUCCUGUCUAGUGUGGAAAGGCAAAGCAUAAUUAAGGCUUUUGGGGGCUACUGUGUUUGUAAUUUAAAGCUUCCUCCUUGCAUGUUGUGCCAUUUCUUUUCCUUUUUGUGCUUUCUGUUCAGCUACUUUUUGUCCUCCCUUAAAAGAAAUAAAAGAAAAAAUGAGAAGAUUCCAGAAAUUGAAGCCUUCACUGCCACAGCAGAUAACAAAGAUUGGCUAAUUAAAGGAUAGUUAAUCACUAUAAUCUCCCAGCUGCACUGAGCCGGGAAGUAAUCUUGCAAAAAGAAAACUUUUAAUUAAUGUUGCAAGGGAUCUUAAUUGUGACUAAACACUUUAGAAGGACUUUGGCUAUGCAGAAAGUUAUCACUCUAAGUGUACAACUUCUCUUUUAAUUCUGCUUUCAGCUACUUGCCUGAAGGCAAUGCCUGGCCAACUAAUAUAAAGUAAGGUCACCCUGCAUUUGCCUCUUCUAGUAAUGAGGCUUUGCAGUUGGGGAGGGAUGAAGGACCUGUGACCCUCCAGAUGUUGCUGAAGUACAACUCUCAUCAUCCCUGAGGAUGCCUUGCUGCUUGGGGGCUGAUAGCAGCUGGAAUACAACAACAUUUGGCGAAUCACUAGUUUUCCACUUGAGCUAUAGGGACUUUUCCAGCAGAAUAUGGAUAUAGUUGGCUCGUUUCCUCUCGGAAGAGAUCAGGUUUAUGCUGUAGCUUCAGGGAGUCUAGACAACUGUUUACAACUCUGCAGCUAAAGUGGAUUGAUAGGAUUGUCCCGUCCAACUCGUUCUGCUUGGGGAUGGGACUCAUCAUUUUCUGUCUUUGACAUUCUGCUGAACCAGAGCUUUGCCUGAUUUCGAAGAACACCAAAUCUGGAAAUCUAUUGCGAAGAAGAGGAGGAAAGUAGUUAUAUUAAUCUGGAAAAUUUAGCUGAAUCCUUGGAACAAAUGUUUGAAUUCAGUGACUUUAAUGUUCAGCGGGGUCAAUAUUUAUUUGCAUGACUGCUUGUAGGGAAAACAGGCAAUUUUUUACUAAAUCAACAUAUGGAACAAAAAUUCAGACAACUUAUGACCUGUUUGCAUGAUGGUGAACUGACUUUAGGCAAAAGUGUGCCCCGCCCCCCGCUCAAUUGCAUGUGUUGCCUGCCUAUCAUGGGCAGACGGUGGAAACUUCAAACAGCCAAACUACGGCAUGAUUCUUGGAAACGCCCCAUGAGAAAAUAAGGGCUGGGUAAAACCACCAUUAGAUGCUGGAAAAGGGGGAGAAAGUAGGUGCCACAUUGAGCCCAUCUUUCCAUAUUCAGUUUAUAUACAAACUGUCCAAAAAUGUAUAUGUUAUAGAGCACUUCAUAGAGAGAGUCAGCAUGGAGUAGUGGUUAGAACAUUGGACUUGGGAGACUAUUAUUAUUAUUAUUAUUAUUAUUAUUAUUAUUAUUAUUAUUUCACUAUUAUUAAUUUAUACCCCACCCAUUUGGCUGGGCUUCCCCAGCCACUCUGGGCAGCUUCCAACAAAAUCCCCCAUUCACCCAUGAAACUCUCUGGGUGGCCUUGAGCCAAAUUCUGUUUUUGUGAGGAUAAAAUAGCAGAGGAGAAAGAACCUCAUUUAGCUGUGGUUCCUGUAUUGCAGACCCUUGGGGUCCCCUCCAGCUCUACGUUUCUGUGAUUCUGUUAUUUUUAUUUAUUAAAUAAACAAGCUCCUUGAAUCAAAAGCAAGAUAUAAAUGUAAUAAAAAGACAUUCAAUAAGUGUCUGAUCUUGCUCUUCAUUUUACGGUGCACAGUGUAGUAGUAAAAAGAAACAGCAACAGCGUUCUCCCCUUCCGCUCUUGUAUAGCCCCAUGCUGCUCAUGUUAAAAGGACAGAGCUAUAAGGCAGCCAUAAGCAGCAACAGAAACACAAACGCCAUAUGGGAAGGCAUAAGAGAUUGUAAGAGGCUUCACCUUACACUUAAGGAAGAGCAGGGGCUGCUGGAGAAGAGUGUUCCCAGGUCAGGAGGCCAUAGCUGGAAGGGCUCCAUCUCCAGCCCUGCCGGGGGGCUUUAAGGGUCUAUUGCUACAUUUGUGGAGCACUGCAAAAUGUGGGGUUUUCACUGCAAAAUUCAGGGGGUUUGCUGCAAAAAGGCUGCAAAACUUUGGCACCAGUUUUGAGGGGAUCCCAGAUUUUGGGGUUCAAAGUUAAUGAAGCUGAGGCCAUAUGCAACUUACUUUGAACAACUUUUCUUUUCAUUUGAUUACAGUAGAUUUAAAAAAUAGUAACUAUUUUUCACAAUGCUACCCAAUUCACUUUCAGAGGUACCGUAUUAUAUUUAUAAAUAGGAAGGGGGAAAUUCCACAGUUAUGACAUAAUGACAAAUAAACCAUGUAUAUAAAGGAAAACAAGCUCUUUAGGGUACUUUAUAUAAAGUCCCAGUCCCCCCCCCCCCCGUGAUUCCCUUUCUUCCUUUUAGUUGCCUGUCUCUGCUCCCCCUCCCUGCCUGGCCUGCUCUAGCUUUUGGGGGUCAGAGUUCCUGUGAGGUUUGCAGGCUGCUGCUGUCACGUAGGCCCUGGAUGUGAAAAUCAGUCUCUCUUCAUGACUCAUAACCCAUCAAUUCAGUGGAAGGGAAAUCCAGACGUGCUCCAGAGGAGAAUUAAUUUCACAAAGGCAAGCACAGAAAUCCUAGGAAAUUGCUAGUUAAACCUAUCUACCCUUUCCACUCUUGCAAGGCAUAGCUAUUGGAAGCAGAAACAGCAUAAUUUUAGCCUGCAAAUUUUAUUUAUCUGCUUGUUUGUAUCUUGUCCUUCUGGGGCGCAUGAACAAGGUUUCCAGGCAGCCCUCUCAGCUGGGCUAGAAUCGGUGGGAAUAGCCAGUAGUCAGGACUGAAGAGUAAGUCAGAAUCGUAGUGUAAAUCAGGUUGCAGGAUUGCUUCACAUGUUAGAUUCCUGCAAAAGAAAUAAUGGUGUAUUUUAAAAUAAUAGUUCCCAUCUGAAACACAUUUUCUCUGAAGUAAAUUGUAUUAGUUUUGAUGGAGUUGAAAGUCAACUCAUGCUUAGAAUUGCAGCGUUAUUUUAAUUUCCAGUUUAUGAUUCAGUUAUAAUUAGUUCAUUAAAAGUCUCUUUCUUUCACUUAGCCACAGGGCUGCAACAAUAGUUAGUGGCUGGGUGUGUGUGUUCACACACUAACUGGUUGCAUGUCUAGGAAACUCCUUACCAACCCCACCCCUGACCAGGUCACCCACAUGUAGAUUGUGUCUAGAUUGUGUCUGCCAAAGGCAGCCCCACAGAUGUCACAGACUGGUUGGACACAGAGGAAUGGUGGGAGGCACCCAUAGCUGUCAAUGUUUCCCUUUUUUAAAGGGAAAUUCCCUUAUUCCGAAUAGGAUUCCUCGCAAGAAAAAAGUUGACAGCUAGGGAGGCACCAGCAGGGGAACCCCCAAGGGAAGAAGGCUCAGAUUGGUGGUGGGACAACAAUGAGUGGUCGGAGGAAGAAGAGAGAGAAGAAGGGGAAGGGGAGGUGUUGGAAGCUGAAAAGGAAACAGGGCUUACUGAGCACAGGGUGAGGUAGUCUGUGAUGGAGAGAAGUCCACACUCAGAGGUAGAAGUGGAAGCAGGAGAGGAGGGAGGCCAAGAGGCAGAAAUGAGUCAGGCUGGUGAAGAGGCACAGGUGUCUUCCUCUGCUGCUGCGAGAAGCUCCUGCUGCCUCUGCCCCCCAGUUUCCAAGAACCAGGAGAGGCAUGAAGAGGGCGGAGCAGAAGGUAGCUUCACACAGGCGCAGUCUCAGAUUGCUUGGAGUAAACCUCGGAGAGGAGGGGACUUAGGCAGCUGUGGGGAGGCAGGGACCUGCCUGCAGCUGCUUCAUGGGGGCAAGACCUUUCGGAGAUGAGUUGCUAUGCUCAUUAGGCCAGACACUCCUGUGCAAAUCCUGUUUUUGCUAAUAAAGAGUUAACUCCAACUCGCUCGGUUUAAUUUACUGCUGGCUCACUCCUGUCACCAGGCCUCUCUUAUCUGGCCUUCAGGACUCUCAUUAGCUCCUCUCUUUCCCAGGCCACACACCCCACUGGUCCUGCUCCAUGUUUUCCUCAAGUGCUUUUGCUUGGCUGGAAGGUGUCCUUGGACAUUGAAACAUCCCUCUAGCUUGUCUCAGUGGAGGAUUGAGAAAUGUGUGUGUGCACAGGGUAUGUAGGUGUAGAAACCUCUGACUUAUGUGGGGCUGGAACGUAGCCUACUAUGCAAAAGUAAGAGUCACAUUAAUUGACCUGCCAAGUUUUGUUUGCUGCCCAAGGAUGGUCCCAUAGGAAGGAAUGCAGCCCUCCAGCUGAAAAAGAUUGCCCACCCCUAAUCUAGAGCCAAGACCAGAUCUCCAGUCCAGGCCUUGGAUGUAAAGAGUCCACUGGGUGCACCAUCACUUCCAGGCACAUGCCAAGGUUUUUAUGAUUUUCCAUCCUGGUCUCAUCUCACCAGGCUUCUACAAUUCCUCAGGGCUUUAGAACAGCCUUGCUGAGCAGUUCUGGGAGCAGAGAGGCAUGAUUGGAAAAAGACCUCAAAUGCCCCACUAUCAGCACAGAGGCUCUCAAGGCAGCAAUUUGAAUCCUGGUUGAAGACUUAGUGUUGUUAGUUUAGUUAAUGCACAGGUAUAUACAGUGCUUUUUUCUUUAAAAAAAUGUUUAGGGGUACUCUUAUUUUGACUCAAGAAAACCACCAUUUUAUAGUUCAAAUCGGGGGAAAUAAAUGCAGUAAAUGGACAAAAUUACAAAGAUUCACAAAAUGUUUAGGGGUAUGCGUACGCCUGCAUACCCUCAUAAAAAAGCACUGUGUGUGUGUGUGUGUGUGUGUGUGUGUGUGUGUACACCCACCCAUACCACCCUAGGAUCUUUUGAUAAAGGGCAGUAUAUAAAUUGAAUAAAUAAUAAUAAUAAAAUAGUAAUAAUAUUUGUUUUAUCAGCGCAACAAAUCUGUUGUUUGUGAUGUAUUUCUUGCUUGCUUUGUAUCUGCGUUGUGGCCAAUGGAUUAGCAACAAACCUUUGACUGUCUCCAACUCCUUUUCCUAGAACAUGAACAUCCAGGUGGAAGAUGCCCGGAUCCGACCCAUCCUCUCUGCCUUUCGCAAUCGCAUUCCCGUCACAGAGGGUUACGUGGAAGUGAAAGAAGGAGGCAUCUGGAAACGAAUCUGUGACAGGAACUGGACCACAAAAAACUCACGUGUUGUCUGUGGCAUGUUUGGAUUUCCAUCAGAGAAGAAAUACAAUGUCAGAGUCUACAAGUAAGAGAGGGUUUUAAAAGGGGGUGGUUGUGUUCUUGGGCCCUGCUUAGAGCUAGAGGUUUCCAAAUGAGGUGGCAAAAACCUAGGCAAAUUGCUUUGGUGUCCCCCACCCCCUUGUCAAUGUAUUAAGCAGCUUCUUUUCUCCCUUUAACUUCCUUCAUAACAAGGGAGGCCCCCAGGCAGCUGCAGAACAGCUUGUGUUAGGAAACUGUUUGUAUUGUUUUUCCAGCCUGAAGACCAUGAUUUGUGGGGCAACCGUGGAGGGAGGUCCAAAGGCUCAACAUUUGCGGUUUUUUUGCUUGUUCUUCUGGCUUGUCAAAAGGCUGUUUCCCACUGAGGUUCCUGCUUACAGGAUUCCACUGCCUAUGUUUCUUGUUGUUCUUCAUUAGCGAGAAAAGUCAAAACAGAAAGGCUCCUGGAUUAAAAUCAUGUAAAGCAGCAUGGAAAGGCUCUUUCUUUUUCAAAGUCCAGAUGCUUUUGUUUUUUUCCACAGGCAUCAGUAAAUAAGUGCUUCCAGGUGACCUGGUGUUGUGUCCAGUGCAUGGGAACAAAAUAUCACAUGUUUAUGCCAGUUCUCUCCUCCCCUCUUGGAAUCUUUAAAACUCACCGUUUAUAUUUAAGCCUGAUGCAUUGUGAAAGAAUUCACCACAAGAAGGGCAGAGAGAGAGAGAGAGAGAGAGAGAGAGAGAGAGAGAGAUGCAUGUGAAAGAAUUCACCACAAGAAGGGCAGAGAGAGAGAGAGAGAGAGAGAGGGAGAUGCAUGUGAACUCGCUUCUUUUUGACAUGGUGCUGACAUGAUGUGGUGCCUUGUCAAUCUAUAUCUGGUCAUCUGCUCCCUACCAUGAAUUGUAUCUUGUCAGUCUGCACUCUGCAUGCACUGCUGCCCUACAAGCAGAGGUUUGCAAAAGUUGAGGUUUAGUGACAGUGCCAAAGUACUACAUCCCACCUGAACAUCUCCAGAUUAAAUGGGGGCAGAUUAUGGGCUGGCAUUUGAUGGCAAUGGCUUGUAUCCCAUGCAGCACUUAGUAACUUACUCAUCCAUGCAAAGUUUCUGUGUUUCCUGAAUUUUGCAAUGCAGUUCUAGCAAUGUGUAUAAAAAUGCACAUACUGAAAUGUGCACAUAAAUGCACAUAUUAGUGGGGGGGAAUCAUAAAAUGCAUUAUAUUGGAGAAAAUUGCAUGCAAGAUAUGCAUAGUAGAAGAAAUUAGCUCUAACAUGCUGAUGAAUUUUAAAGGAGGACUUUAUUUGCAAACUAAUAUGGAAAUGUGCUGAACUGAACUUAAUAUUGGAAAAAUUAGAAACUGAAAUUUACAUCUUCAGCAAUCCUAAAUAUGCCUGACAUGAAACUCAGUGUGCACAUUUAAACAGGACACAGAACCUUCUGUAAUAGUGGAGGUCAUUUUUGUGGGAGAUGUGGAAUAGAGAUCUCUGAAGGCAGAAAAGCUGGAGAAUCAUUUUGCUAGGGAUGUGAUGUAUGAGUUUCUUUAAAUGCUGAGCCCAGCCCCAGACUACCCAUGUUGGGAUGUUGGUUGGUAUCUAGCAGCUCUCUCUUUUCCCAGUGUGUUCCUUAAUACUGCCUUUGUAUUUUCACAUACUGCCUUAAAGGGAAAGCAAAGUCUCCAGUCACUUGGAUCCAGUCUUUUUUGCACGUGACUCUGAAGCCUGUUAACAUGCCUCUCAUUUCUCUGGUUUCACUCUGCAUAAUAUUGUAAAUAGCCUUUUCCACAAGGGUGGGGCCUUCCAUUGACACUGUGGUUACCACAGCUGGGAAACCAGUUUCCAAUUUGGGUUUCUACUCCAAUAAGCUGACUCUGUACUUCUGGGGGCUGUGGGUUAAAAGGAACCCUCCCCCCCCUUGCCCACAGAACUAAGAAUUUUCAUUCCCAAAGCGUAACCUCAGCUUUUACGUGCUGAGGCAUUCCACGUGAGACUGCUGAACUUCAUGAUGGUGGGAAGCCAAAAGAUUCCCAGAUGCCUCAUUUCGCUAAAGAAAACAACUUAGUUCAUCAUCGUCCUUGCUGCCAAACUCUCACCCUGGAAUGUAAUUUGGGUUCUGCAUUUGACAGUGCAGUUUUAUAAUUAAAGGAAAAACAAACUUUAAAGCUCUGGGAGUUUCCUAUCCUACUGUUCGUUUCACUGAACUCUUUGAGGCCAUUUUCCUAAUCAUUCUUGUACCAUAAGAGCGUAAGAAGAGGCCCCUGGGUCAGACGAAAGCACCAUCUAGGUCAGCAUCCUGUUCUCACUUUGGGCAACCAGAUGUGAGGAGGACCUGAGCUCAACGGCACUCACCCUAUUUGUGCAACUGCUAUUCAAGAUGUACUGCCAGUCACAAUGGUUAUAUUCUACCCCCGAGAGCAUGGAGGCACUGUUUACCUUCGCGCUGCAGCAGUACUUCUUUAUCACUUGACACAGUCCUCCGUGCGCCAGAAGCAGUUUAGUCCUGUUGGCCACGUGACCCAGAAAGCUGUCUGUGGACAAACACCGGCUCCCUUGGCCUGAAAAGCAAGAUGGGUUCCACACCCCAUAGACUUAACCAUCCAGGGGUCCUUUACCUUUUUUAUUAUUCUACUCCCACUGUCAGAGGCAGUACAUAUAUCCCUGAAUAGUGGUUUUGGGGAAUCCCAAGUUGGUACGGUGUUGUUGUACUCAGGUCCUGUUUUGCAGUUUCCCACUUUGGUUAGCCACUUUGAGAACAAGAUGCUCUAUUAGAGGAGCUAGUGGCCUGAUCCAGCAGGGUUUUUCUGUUUUUAUGCUACCUUGAUGGUGGAGGCAGUGUAUAGCCAUCAUGGCUAGUAGCCACUGAAUAGUGGCACCCUCCAUGAAUUUGUCUGAUCCUCUUUUAAAGCCAUCCAAGUUGAGAAGAGCUCUUCUGGACGGUGUAUUUAGUCCAGCAUCAUGUUUCAUGCACUAGUCAGCCAGAAGAUUCUGGGAAGCCCACAAGAAGGACAUGAAGACCAUUGUCCAUGGGAAACAUAGGAAGAUGCCUUAUACCAAGUCAGACUUCUGGUCCUACUGUCUUAGUAUUUUUGACACUGACUGGCAGCAGCUCUCCAGGUUUUCAGUCAGGGCUGUUUCCCAGACCCAUGCAAGUCAGGGAUUGAACCUGGGCUGUUGACAUCCUUCCCUACCUUGGCCCCGCGGUAUCUGAGCUUCAGAGGCAUACAUGGAAGUCUCUUUUAGCUAUCAUGGCAAAUAGCCACUGAUAGAACUACUUUCAUGGAUUUGUAGUGAAAUGUCUGUCUAGCACUAGUCAAAUCCUUACUACCAGAUCAAUCCUCAAAGCAAAAUCCUGGCUACCACAAGCAGCUGCCUCCAUCAAGCAACUCUCAGGCAUUUGUCAAUUAACAAUCUAAAUUGCUGACACAAGUAGAUAAUUCCUUUUAAAAAAACUAUUGUGGGUUUAGGCAGAGUGGAAGGUUUCCUCAAAGCAUUGCACAACACAGCAUUCUGAGAUUUUCACUGCCAUGCGUAGCAGGGAUGGUGAACCCAGGUCCCUUCAGAUUCAGUUGGACUUGCUCUCCCAUCGUCCCUGGCCAUUGGCCAAGCUUGUUGGGGCUCAUGGGAGUUGGAGUCCAUUAGCAACUGGAGGACCACAGGUUCCCCUGUCCUGCUAUACAAGACGUUGAAUCCUUAAAGCCAUAUUGAAGUAGCUCAAACCUUGGUCCUGAAUUAAGAGCUCUUCUUUUAUGUAUAAGAGAUGUGUUCUUAACAAGUUUCUUCCCUGUUUCUUUGAUGUAUCUCAGCUCAAGACAGUCCUGUAUAUGCAUUUGGAUGAAUAUGCUUAUUUGAUUGUGUGAAUUUACCUGGCUUGCAUGUGAGCAGUGUCACAAGACUUGGCCCAUAAGGACAAACCUAUUGCUUCAACUAAUCUGGCUAAACACAACUUUUUGUUAUCUCAGCAUGUGGCUCUCAGUGAUUCCGGUUUCUUCCUUCCUUCAAGGAUGACGGCAGCCAGAAGAAAGCACACUUAUUGGGCUUAUUCCAUGGACUGCACGGGCAAUGAGGCACACAUUUCCAGCUGCAAACUGGGCAAUCGUAUCAGCACAGCUAGUGGGAACGCAACAUGUGAGAAUGGGAUGCCUGCCGUGGUGAGCUGCUACCCUGGUCGUGCUUUUGCCCCUGGCAGCCACAGCGGUUUCCGAAAAGCUUUCCAACCCGAGGUAAGAGAGACAGAAAUAUGUUCAUCUAUUGCUGAGGAGCAUAAAUUUGUGGAGCUUGAAAUAAGCUGUGGGUAUUCAACCAACCAUGUGGCUCAUGUGGAAGGCUUAAGCUAACACUCCGCACCAUACGUUUGAAUCACUCUUAUACCACUUUAACAACAUGGCUUCCCACAAAGAAUCCUGGGAACUGUAGUUUGUUAAGGGUGUUGAGGGCUGUAGCUCAUGACAAACUACAGUUAGCCAUGACUGUUAAAGUGGAGUGGUGUGGAUAUGACUGAGACAAAUGUUUUCUUAGCUGAAUCUACAUAUGAAGGCAACAGGAAAGUCCUGACUCCACACAGAUACUAUGUCUGCUUGCCAUCACCUGAUCCAAGGACAGCCAACUUGUGGCUGAAGAGCCACACCUAACUUUGGUCCUGAUUGUCUCCAGCUCACACAACCUUUCCGAUUGCAUCUUUUUAAAAAUAAGAAUCAUAUUUAUUAAGUUUUCCAAUUUAACAAUCCAAUAAAAACCACAUUAAAAACAUUUCAAAUUAUAAAAUAAUCAAACAGUCCAAAUGUUAUGCCAAAUUAUAAAUCUUUGUUUGACUUCCCAUGCUCUGAGGUCGGGCGGUGGCGUUCAUCUCACAUUUAUUCUGCUCCUAAGUUAUUCUCUGAUUGCAUCAAGUUGGAUGCAGUGACUCAAAUGUCUCUCAUUAAUUUAUUACAUUUAUAUCCCACCUUUCCCCCAAGGUGCUCAGGGUUGUAUACAUUGUUCUCUCCCCUCCCCUUUUUAUGUUCAUAUGGUGAGAGCUAAUGACUCUCCAAGGUGAUUCUGUGACUUUCAUAGCUGAGUAGGGAUUUGAACCAGUGUCUCCCUAAUCCCAGGCCAAGCAUGUGUCUAAUCCAUUACACCACACUGGCUAAUUUCCCAGUGGGAGAAUGCCUGCCCACAUUCUUAAGCUAUGGAGAGGGCAUACACUCCCUGGCCAAGUUUCUAGUGGGAGAUGCACAGUGAUAUCAUGACCUGGUGAGUUUGGGGCCUGAGUAAGUGGACUAUUGCUGUCCUGUUCGCUGAAUUACUUGCAUUCAAGCAUGUCUUCACUGUAAAUCAGCCUUUGUCCGCCUAGAGCCCUCUAGACGCUUUGGACUCUGCAAACUUCUGUCAGCUCUAGCCAGCCACAGCAUCUUGGGAGCUGAGGGGCACCAGGUUGACAUCCUUUACUCUCAGUGAACCAUGUGAGAGGUUUAUGGAUCUCUAAAAGAAAACUCUUGGUAUCCUCAUCACAAAACGGCAGCCUUCAGAUGUCCUUGGGGGAAGCUGUUGCCAUUAAACUGGGUACAUCAGUGCCCACAGCACUGUAGCUUAAGCCUAUUUCUUUCACAGUUAAUGUGGCUGAAAGUUUGCACAACCAUGAGCAAUGGGAUAAGAUAUUCCAGUGUGACUCAUAGCACCUUUCCAUGAAUUCCUUGUGCAUAUUUGGGCAUUAUUUACAGAGCUGUAGGAAUACACAUACUCUCUGGGAUGCAGUGACGGGAUAACAGUGUUCUCAACAGUUGCCUUAGUAGAUUCUCCAACCACAGUACAGUGGUACCUCGGGUUACAGAUGCUUCAGGUUACAGACGCUUCAGGUUACAGACUCUGCUAACCCAGAAAUAGUACCUUGGGUUAAGAACUUUGCUUCAGGAUGGGAACAGAAAUUGUGCGGUGGUGGCGUGGCAGCAGCAGGAGGCCCCAUUAGCUAAAGUGGUGCUUCAGGUUAAGAACAGUUUCAGGUUAAGAAUGGACUCUGGAACGAAUUAAGUUCUUAACCCGAGGUACCACUGUAUGAACCCAUCUUUGAAACUGCUAUCUAUCUAUCUAUCUAUCUAUCUAUCAUCUAUCUAUCCAGUUGCAAAAGUGGUCCAGGAAUUAAGGGAUGGUUUCGUUGCUAAUAUCAUGGGUAUUAACCAAUGAUUACUCAUAACAACUAGCCCCUCACCCCAAUUCAGAGUGAAUGGUGCAAGAAAGCAGUGGCGUAGCGUGGGGGGUGCAGGGGGGCUGGCCGCACCGGGCGCAACAUCUGGAGGGGGCGCGCUCGCACUCGCAGCUCUCUAAAAUCCACGGGUUAGGGGGCGCAAAUUACUUGCCUUGCCCCGGGUGCUGACAACCCACGCUACGCCACUGCAAGAAAGUAACAACCACGCUGAACCUCUUGUUUUCCAAAGAGGUUUCCACUCUAGAACAGAAAUGCAUGUUUGUUUGUCAGCAGGGAAGAUGUACUCAACUCAAGCUACAUUUACUACUCUUAAAAAGUUGCAUCUGUCUUCAGUCCAUCAGAGCAACAUUUGUACUGUAACGAUGCUAGUGUUCCUAUUGUGCAAGGCCUCGUUUAUAGCCUCCCUCCUGUUUUGACCUAGGAUGCUUUUUGACUGAGGACAGCGUAUGUUCCAUUUAGUGCUGGAAAUGGCAAGGCUCUUGGCAAAACACUUGCCACAUUCUUGUUCAAAAUUCUUCUGUUCAAGCCAACUGACUGCUGAGCUGGCUGGCUUGGCUGAACUUGCAGCUCCUUGUUUCUCUCGUGCUGUCUGCUAUUCUUGCUUUGUAGAUGUUAAAUGUGGACAAUUCCUUUCCGUUAUAUAACUGUGACUUGUAACAGAUAAACUACCCAAAGGAACAUACAGUACAAGCAUUGGUUUUGGGUUUUUUUAUAUAUAGAUAAAUGUUUGAUGCUGGUGAAACUGGUUAGCAGCACUCCUGGAGAUUAUGGAUCCAUGAUCCCAUCUUGUAUAAAAAAGCUGCCACACUUUAGUGCAUGGGUAGGCAAACUAAGGCCCUGGGGCUGAAUCUGGCCCAAUUGCCUUCUCAAUCCAGCCCACAGACGGUCCAGGAAUCAGCAUGUUUUUACAUGAGUAGAAUGUCUGCUUUUAUUUAAAAUGCACCUCUGGGUUACUUGUGGGGCAUAGGAAUUUGUUCAUAUUUUUUUCCAAAAUAUAGUCCCGCCCCCCACAAGGUCUGAGGGACAGUGGACCGGCCCCCUGCUGAAAAAGUUUGCUGACCCCUGCUUUAGUGUCACGCCUUGUUUCCUACAUUCAUAGAAGAGAUAGAAAUUGCCACACAGGAAGCAUGAUGCCAUUUAGGUUGCAGACAGAUCUAUGGAGCUGGAUUGAUUAGCCUCAGCCAGGCACUUCCAACUUCCAAAAGGUUUCAGUCUAUUCACAGUAUAAAAAACUGGCAGUGAUCUACCCAUUGUCAUUGGAGGGACCAGGAGCGUGCGCGGGGUCAUAGCUGUCAACUUACAGAUUUGAAAAUAAGGGACCAGCAGCCUUGAAAAUAAGGGACCAGCAGACCAUGCUGGUAGCUCCGAGAACACUGUCCAACCAACUUUGUAACCAGAGGUUCAACUGAAUAGAAUCUGAAUCAUAUGCACCACAAGGCCUAUGCAGCCUCAACUUAAGAUGGCUCCCCGGCCUGGCUUUGCACUGCAAAGUUUGCAGCAGCACGUGCAACAAAAUGGCGUCCAGCAUUCAAAAACCUCUUCAGCUUGCAUUAACUAGCCACACACAAGGCUUGCAAGCUCCAUCCCCCAGUCGUUCUUAGACUUCUUAUUGGGUGAGCAACACAGCCAAGCAACACAGUUGGAGCCUCCCUCCUCCCUGGGCAGCAGGGAGGGAGGGAGAGGAGCUGCUUCCUUUGAAAUUUAAGGGACAUCAUUUAAGGGACAUUUAAGGGACAUCCAUCAAUAAGGGACAGCAGCAGGACAUGGCCCUGGAAUAAGGGACUGUCCCUUCAAAUAAGGGACACUUGACAGCUAUGCGCGGGGUGCUGUGUGGAAGGCGGUGGCUAAUUGGAUGCGGGAGGGGGGGGAGUUUAAGUGGGGGGGAUGGAAAGGGAAGCGAAAGUUCUCUCCCUCCCCCAAGCUGCUCUCCCCCCCCAAGCCAGCCCUUUCUCUCCCCCCGCUGUCAAAGGGAGCUGCGCAGUUGAUGCAGAUCAGGCUGUCACACACAGACCAGAACUGACUAUCGCUCCAGCUCUUUCCCUCUAACUAUCUGCUCAACUAUCUUAGAAACUAUCCUUUUAUUCUCCCUCCCAAAACACUGGCUCCACUCCCCUUUCGGUAACCAAUCAGACAGAGGCUCCAGCCCUCUGGUGGAAUUCUGAGGCACUGCAUCACCAGACUCUGGUCUGGCUCAGCUGUCCGUCACACCAUCAUUUGAUUCCAAAAUGCAUCCACAAAACACCUGAGUUCUGUGGGAGAAGGAGGUUUUUUCCCCUAAUGGAACCUCAGACUAACCUGGCUGAGGUGGAGUUCCUGGAACAUCCUGUAAGUCAUCAGAGAGUGCAUUUAUUUCAGCACCAAUAAUUGCUCUAUUUGUUUUUUAUAUAGAAGCAUGGAUUUUCAGUCCUCUAGCCUUAUGGGGAAGUAUGUACAUCGUGUCCUUGGAUGAGGAACCUGUUUUCAGUUUAUUUAAAAUAUUUCCUAUGGCUCAUAGCUGUUGAUGUUCUUGUUGGAUUUGGGGGCCUGAAGGAACAUGAGCUUUAGAUACUCCUGAGUGGGCAUAGCUGUGUCUCUUUUUAAUUCCAACUUUUCAGGAGCUGGAAUUCAACAAUCAUUAUCAUUAUCAGUAAAGGCUGAAAAGAUGAGAUCUUUAUACCUGAUACAGAAUUCUGUCAAGCAAAUCAAAUGAACCAUGCAAGUUCAUCUCUUCUCCCUCCUCCAUCCAAAUUUAGAAAAUGUGCACAAAUGUGUUAGGAUUACACAAUCUAGUCUGCUUCAGCUAAUCAUAGGGAGGGGGCACAGAAGCUCCUCUUGACCUGUCGACUACUGAGAAGCCUAAUCUGUCCCAGAGUUAAAAAAGAAAGUAGGCAGGAUCUACCUCAUAUUCCUUGAAGUGCCCAUAAGUUGGGGGAGGGAAAAAUUUAAUUUUAUUUGCAUUUUAAUGAGAAAUUACCUAAUUCACAUUUCUGAAACCAGUAUAUAAACUGAAAACACAUCUAUUCUUCAAGAUUCAGCGUUCCCCAAAUUUUGUGAUGCAGUUCUCUGACCAAAUAAUUUGUAUCAAACUGUGUAUAUUAGGUGAAAGUGUACAUCAAAAAGAUCAUAUUUGGGAUUCUUUACAGAAACUGCAUAAACAAAUGUACAUUUUAAAAAAUCACUAAAAUGAUGCGGAAUUUCAUUAUUUGUUUCCAAAAAUCAAAUUGCUGUGAAAAUGUGAAGAAUUGAAUUAAAGGUUGAAAAUGUGAGAAAAUGACUCUUCUAUCCCCACAAUGAAUCGUGCCCUAGGUUGCGGCAUCACUUAACUAUCCCUCCUUCAAAACAAUGUGUGUGUUUAACAACAAUUUGCCACCUCCAGUUGUGUAUUCAGGAAAAUUGCAUCUAUAAACUGAGUUAAUUUCCUCUCCAGUUCCUAGUAGGAAGCAAAUUGCUGUGCGUUAUAGACAGUUGCCUGUGACGGUUACAUUCCUGUGAACUUAAGGGUUUUUCCCCUUGGUCUUUAUCUUUCAGUUUCCACUGGUGAGGUUAAAGGGAGGAGCCAAGAUUGGCGAAGGUCGCAUUGAAGUGCUGAUGAAUGGGGAAUGGGGAACUGUUUGCGAUGACCAGUGGAACCUCGUUUCUGCAAGUGUGGUCUGCCGAGAGCUAGGCUUCGGAUCUGCCAAAGAGGCUAUUAUGGGUGCAAGGCUUGGGCAAGGUAAGCGUGCUUCCUGUUCAGGAACCUUUAGAGUGGGCUGUCAGGACAGCAAGAUGAAGAACUCAGUGGCUGAGCGCCUGCUUUGCGUGAAGAAGAUCCCAGGUUCAAUCCCCAGCACCUCUGGUUUAAAAUAAAGGGACCAAGCGUCAAGGGCUGGGCAACAACUCAGCAGCCCUUGGAGAGCUGCUGCCAUUGAGAGUAUUGACUCAGGGUGGCUUACAGAUGAAAACAAAAAACAGCUAAAAACAUUAAAAACCAUCAUUGAAAAAAUUAAACACACACACAUGAGAGAGAGAGAGAGAGAGAGAGAGAGAGAGAGAGAGAGAGAACCAUACAAAUAAUUACAGUAAAAUAGCACAGUAUCAGCCUUUCAUUAAAAGCAGUUGGUUCCCAAAAGCCUCUUGGAACAAGAAAGUCUUCACCUGCUAGUGGAAGGACAACAAGGAGGGAGCCUGUCGAACUUCUCUAGAGAGAGAGGUCCAUAGUCUGGAGCAUCCACUGAGAAGGCCCUCUCCCCCACCCCUACCAAGUGCGCCUGUGAGGGUGGUGGGACCGAGAGAAGGGUCUCCCCCAAAGAUUUCAGGCAGGCUCAUAUGAGGGAAUAUGGUCUUUCAGGUAGCUUGGACUUAAGCCAUGUAGGGCUUAGGUAUAGGUAUGUAGAGUAGAUAAUGUCAGGUUAGAGGGCAAGUCGUCUGACCUGGAACAAGGCAUCUUCCUAUGUCCCUAUGCAGUAGCAAGACCAUGGUCCAUACUCACAGAUAUUCUGAAUACCCACAGAGGGACUCGUAUUAGGGUGCAAAGUGUGUCUGUACAGAGACACAUUGAUCUCACCUGUGGGGAAUCUUAUCAGUGGAGGCUGGGACAUUCAGCCUUGGGGAAGUUGCAGCUCUUGCUGUCACCGCAACAUUGUCCUGCAUUGCAGCUUUUGUUUUUCCUUCUAGAUGUGAAUGACAACCACUUGUUUACUUGAGGGGUGCACUUGAUCCUACCCCAGGCCUGGGUUCAAUGUCUUUAUCAUGCUAGAAAAGAGGGGGGAAUCUUUUUUGGCCCAGAUCUGCAUUCCUUUAUGGGCCACGUCCAGGGGGGCAUAUACCAGCAGAGGAUGAGCCCAGAGGCAAAAGAGGGCAGCAGCAGCAGAGGCAGCAAAACGGGUGGGGCGAUGAAUGUGGCUCCUACCUUUAGCCAACGGGAAACAAAAAACAGAUUUUUGACACACAAGCUCCAUCCAGGCAAACAAGAGGCAUGAUCAGCCCCAGGGAUAUGUUCUUGGGGUGCUUUGGCCUGGCUGGAGCAGGUCCUUAAACUGAACAGAGCAGGGUUGGUGCAGGUGGGGCUUGGGCAGAGACCUGAGAGCCAGAUAGAGAGGCCUGGAGGGUGACAUUUGGCCUCUGGACUGGCGGGGGAGGGGUGGGGAUUCCCCAUCCCUGUACGGGAAUGUGACACAAGGGAGAGGAGCAGAGGAGCAUUUUGCAAUAUUUGGAGCUGGUUUGCAUCUUCAUUGCUUAAAAGUAUAUCCUCCUUUCCCUCUAUAAUGGGAUUAUUAUGUUAAAAGCAAUCAAACACGAUAUGAACAAAUAAUUAGAAAACUCCCAGCAGCCAAAAUAUCUAGGAGACUUCCAAAGCCUGAUUAAAAAGAGAAGUUAUAAACUACUUUCCUGAACGCAUACAAAUCUUUAGGUUUUAAGAAGCGGGAAACAAGCCCAGGGUCCUUAUGCGGCCUCGCUGCCCAGACCCCCCCCCCCCCCCGCUCCCCAUGGGUGUUUUUGGCUUCUUGGAUUGUAUCCUUGAACUCUGAUAAUGCCUGCAUGGAGAAGUGUGUUUGUGUUGAACAGGGAUGGGGAGCUCUAUGACUUUCCAGGUGUUGGUGGACUACAGCUCCCAUCUUUCCUGGCCAUUGGCCAUGCGGCCCUGGGCUGAUGGGAGUUGGAGCCCAACAGCAUCUGGAAGACCACAGGGAUAGAAAGUAGCCUGCUGUGCACAGGGUAAAGGUUUCCAGGGCUGCUCUACCCACUUUUGCCUAUGGCCCCAUCCAUUGUGGGCAUGUGGCCCCCAGCAGGGAGCGUGGUCCUCAAGCUGGGAAAGAAGGUUCCUUGCAGCUUUGUGAGGCAAUCAUUUCCAUGGACUCUUCCUCAAGCCUCCAAAUCAUCCCCCAGGCCUGUGUUACUAUCCACUACCUAACCAAAAACCACACCAUAAAACAUAAUGGAAGGGUGAAAUGCCUCCAAACUGUGUGGUUUGGGGUGAAGGAAAAGGAAAAGGAAUAAAAACGUAUGAGACACACUGCAGCUCUCUGGAAUCUUAAAAAUGCAAGCUUGCCAGCCAGCAGCACACAAGAGUUCUCUGAUGUGAAUUUAAUUGCAGUUAUGGCUGCAGAAGUGCCAGCCAUCACACGAAAAGGUUUGGCUGCCACGUGAAGGGCUCAAACGUGCUGCCUGCUGCCACAUUACACAGUCAGACCCUGGAAACUCUCUCUUUUUUUUUUACCGUCUUGGGUGGCUGAGCUGAAAAAGACCUCUCUCAUAAAGAGAGGUCUUUUUGACCGUUUAUGUGUAAUCUUCGGUUUAAUUUUCUUAAUUUUUUAAACUUAUGUUUAUUGUAAAAUCCUAAUAAAUAUUUUAUAAAAAGAAAAAGAAAAAGACCUCUCUCUACCUGAGGCCUUGGCAAGUUAUUGCUGCCAGCCAGAACAAGCAAUAUUUGGUUUGAUGGAUUGAUGCUGUAACCAAUAAGGUGGCUUCAUAUGUUGGGGGCAAAAUGCAAGCGUAAAUGAAUUUGGGGCCUUUCUUUAGUCAUUAAAACCCAUCUAGGCUGGAUAUGCUUAGAUUGGAGAAGAGAAGAUUAAGGGAAGACAUGAUUGUGGUCUUCUAAUAUCUGAAGGGCUGUCAUAACAGAAUAUGGAUCAGACUUGUUGUCUGUGUCUCAAGGCAGCAGGACUAGGAACUGAUGGGUAGAAAUUGCAAAGAGGCAUAUUUCGGCUGGACAGUGGGUGAUGCUUUCUAAUAGUGAGGGGUGUUUGACAGUGCAGCAGGCUGCCUCAGGUAUUUAUGGGUUCUCCUUCAUUAGAGGUUUUAAAACAGAUGCCAGACAGCCCUCUGUCAAGGAUGCUAUAACUGCAUCCUGUGUGGCAGAUCCGGCAGAUCCAUCUCUAGGAUUCUUUGAUCUGGUAAACUGGGGAUUUUCACAUCAGUUAGUUGGCUCCAAACCCUCACAUUAUGGAUUGUAUACAACUAACCUCUUCUCAGAGUAGACCCAUUGAAGUUAAUAGACCUAGGUUAAUCAUGUCUAUUAAUUCAGUGGGUCUACAGAGUAUGCCAUUAGUGAAAGACUAUAACUACAGAAAUACACCUGCACAUGCAAACACUCGUAUAGUGGAGAAAGUGCUGGACUUGAGAAAACAAGGACUCCAAGCCCUGCACAGCAAUGAAACGCACUAGGAGAUCCUGGGCCAGUUACUGUGAGGAUAAAUGGGGAACAACCCCAGACAUGCUGCUUUGAGCUUUUGUGAUGAAGAAUGGAGUGCACAUGUGAUCUAUUGCAUCUACUGUAUGUGAGUGUAGGUUAGUUGCACCCUCCCAGCCUAUGAUACAUUUCUUUGACUCCUGGAAAAGCUGCUUCUCCUUCUCCACAGUCUCCCAAACAAAGCCUCUCUCCAUCAGAAGGUGGCAUCUUCUGAUUCAUGGGUUCUUGGGACAGGUGUUGGCUCAGGCACUUUGCCCUUGGUUGGAAAUGUUUUGCUUGGUCCUUAAAAAGUCAAGAAAAUCACACACUUUUUUUUAAAGCCAGAGGUGCCAGGGAUUGAACCGAGAACCUUCUUCAUGCAAAGCAGGUGAAUGCGUUAGAGGCUAAGGCCUCUAUUGUAUUGUAGGGACCUACUUCAAUGCCACAAGACUUCUCAGUAAACACACACAGGUCCAGGCUGCAACAGAUUUAUUGGAGAAAGGGCUUCAGGCUUAACAAGCAAUCAGCUUUGGCUAACUAGGUCCCAGUUUUAUCCAUGUUAAAGUGGGAAGUGUGAGUCAUUCUACACCCAAAAAAUCAAAUAAUUUUUUUAUUAUGAUAAAAUACUUAUUCAAGCCUUAUUCGAGCUCAAAACAUCCUGUGGAAUCCUUUUGUAUCCUCAGAAGGCCAAACAAUCUUGGACUCCUCAAGUAGCCCACCUGUAUUUGAAGUUACUUGUUUUUCUGUUCUUUUAUAUUGCCCUGGAAAAAGUAUCCUAGUUCCCACUGAAAUGUCAGAGCUUGAUCAAGUGCAGCUUCCUGGCGGGGAGGAAAUUGCCAAAAGUGCUGGGUAAUAUAUAUUUUGCUUCCAGUUCCCCAGCUGAAGUUUAUAAAUGAUGGAGAAGUGGAAAGUUGGCCUUUCUUUUCCUUCUGGCCUCUUUAUUGUAGCAAAAUAAACUACUGGAAAUAAUUUCUCAAGCUGUUUUUUAAAAGUGGCAAGAAGCAUUAGCAGAAAUCCAUAUUGUGGUCUUCUUGGGUUAGUAUCUGAAGUUUCUAGAUCUUGGGAUUUGAUAAGUCUAGAGUUCUGAAGUAUGAUAUCUGAAAUCCAACGUUUCUUCAUCUUACUUGCUGUAGAAAAUUGAGAAUGUCUGUUUCUUCUUCAAGGUAUGGGCCCCAUUCAUGUCACUGAAGCAAAUUGCAAAGGAUUUGAAAAGUCUUUCACAGACUGCAAAUUCAGCACCCAGUUAGGAAGUUGCACUCAUGAAGAAGAUGCUUCCGUUAGAUGCAAUGUUCCAGCUAUGGGAUUCCAAAACCAGGUAAGGAACAGAGCUGUCUUGUCUAUAAUGGGAGAACCAUUUUUCUGCUUUUUUUGGUAUUUAUGAUAUUUUCCACAAGCAACAGUUCCCCUGCACAAGCAAGUGUGAAAAUAAACUCUGAGCUAACUCACAGAAGCUAAUUCACAGGAAUAUUUCAGAAAGCCAGCACCCUUUUCCACAGCUACUGCAAAAGUUGGAAAGUUCAAACCAUGCUGGCAAUUUUGAAAUGUCACACUAAACCAUAGUUGAACAUGCCAAGAAUGAACCUAGAUGAGUUCGAGGGAAGGGCUUGCAUGCGGGCAGCAUGCCUGCCUCUCCUCUAGCAUGGCUUUGGCUUCCAAUUUCCCUUAACCACAGUUUAGCUUGCCGUAGGUAUCCUAAGCUGUAGCUAAUGUUUACUGUGGUUUUUUAAAAAUAAAACAAACAAACUAGCUUCAUAACCCAUGAUUCACAGGUUGUCAGUUUAUGAAACAACUAGCUGCAUUUAAGCACCAAAGGAAAAGAAAAGAGGUGGGAAUGAGCAAACCUAAGGCUAUCUGAAGUAGGUCUUUGUUAUGCUAAACUAGGGUUUAGUAUGACAUCAGAAUUUUCCCACUGUGGGUGAAAUCCAAAAUCCACAGUGCCACAACAGCUUUAUUAGGAUCAACCAAAAUGUCAGAAAGUUUUGAGCAAACAUUUUGAAUUCUCCUGCACUUUUCAUCACACAAGAUGUUGAACAAAGUGGUAGCAGGAGGGAAGGAAAAACAUGGCGUAGUCUUUUUAUCCUCAAGGCUGCAGUACUUAAGCUGGAGUAUAGAAGGAGUCAUGUAACAUUAACCUGAAUGCAGAGCUCUCCAUCCCUUGCCUGGUCAUAUCAAGAUCCAGAGCUCAAUAGUAGACAACAGUUGUGCAUUCUGAAGAUCUCAGGGUUGAAGUCUUUGUAUCUCUAGUCAAAAGGAGGUCUCCAGGAUGGUGCAGGAGAACUUCCAAGCAGAUUGUGCCCAUGGCUUUCUGAUCAAUGUUACUUCCUUCAUCAGGUAUGCCCAGUUCUAUUUUUCUAGAAAAGGAAGUGCUCACUAUGGGAACCUUCCUCAUUGUUUUAGAACGGCAAUGGUGCCCACCUGAGAGGUGCCAGAACUGAGUUCGUGAGUUCCAGCUGAAAAAACCCCUGGGUAUGCCACAUGUCAUGCAUUGAUCAUUAACUCCAAGAAAAUAGGCUUCUUUCAAUUUUAGAAGCACAAAAUAGUAUAGCCACAAUCAAAAUGUCCAGAAGAGUGCUGGAGGUUUUUACUCUGAGCUAUUCUGGACCUAAUGGUCAGGGGUCCCUUUACCUUUAUUCCCCUUCAAUCUAGAAUAAUAUUAUUGGGAUACAACUUGCUUGUUCACUAGUAUUGCUAAGGAAACACAAGGGAUGUGCUUUGGGCCAGAAGAACACUUGGGAAUGUCUUUGUGGAUUUGUUGUUCACCUGUAUUGGAGGGAUCAUAGCAGCAGAGUCGUAUGGGUCAAGGAGCUAAGGGGAACUCCAGUCUAGGCUGAAGCAAAGGACAAAAUCUAUUACAGUCCUAUGGUUCAUGGUGCUAACAUAUUUGCAAAUGGGCAGCCAUUUGUAUUUGUAUGAGACUCGUUGUCACCCUCAUAACAUGUGUUUGUGUAUUGCUAAUGCUGUUCUGCAGAACAGAUCAGACCUGGGGUUGGUUCAGAGCAGGAGUUGCCAACCUGUUGCCCAAGGUGGCUAAGAUAGCUUCCAAUGGCAUCCCUGGGCAGAUGCCCAAGACUGUGGGUUUUCUGUUCUUUUUUAAAAGUUGGUCUGUAACCCUCCUAGAGGUCUAGAAAUAAAUAAAGCUACGGGGCAACAUGUGCAGGUCCCUUCCAAGCAAAUUUUGUGAAAUGAAGAGUGGUGUGGCCACUCACAUUCUGCUUGCAGGCUCCCCAAUGACAUCUGGCUUCCAACUAUGAGAACAGGAUGCUUGACUAGAUGGCACUUGAGUCUGAUGCAGCUGGGCACUUGAUGUGUGCAUUGCAGUACUAUAUUGGCAAAAUGGCAGCCACUUGAAGAAACCAUCAUGUGAGAUUCAACCACACUGCAGAUGUUCAAAUAAUGCAUUUGUCAAUGCACAGUAAAAGCUGGAUCCAGUGCUUGGCAGCAUGGGCCCACAGAUGGCUAGAGACCAAUAAUGUGCAUAGGCUCUUCAGGUAGCUACUGUGUCCCCACCUCACCCCAAGGUGAUGCUUUAGACUACUUCUUAAAAGUGUUACUAAAUAUGUAUUUAGUUUUAAUGAGAAUGAGAAGAGGUUUUGCUCAGCCCUUCACAUUGAGGUCACCUUCAAAUGUUGGCUCAAGAUCUUGGCUGGCAGGCAGGCCACUGAACUUGUGGGAUUUGUAUCCUGAUCAUUUGGCCAGACUCUACUUGUUCCAUUCACUUUAACAUCUGUGUUCUUUUAGACCCAGAGAGCAGAACAUAGAGCAGCAUGCUAGUCAUUCUUCAAGAUCUGUGCUUCAUAAACACUCCUGUGCUUCUCACUGCUGAUAGCAUUAAAACUUUCUGAAAUAUGCAACUUUAAAUGACACUAAGGAAGCUUCCUUAUACCAGACAAUUGGAGCUGAUCUGAAGCCCUUCUCUAACUUAAACAUUUGGGCCCAUCUCUGUAAUACUCGGCACUAGAGAUUCCUUUAGGCAUAGAUCACAUCAACAUCUGCUUCAGACCCUCAGCCAAAGAGGCACUGCAACUUCUGUAAUGUACUGUACAAGGCUUUUCUUAAACCCAGGUCCCAUGUCCUGGGGGAAGGGGGCAGACUCUGAGACCUGAUCCUGAGGGGUGGCCAAUCCACAAGUCUGCUAAAAUCAAAAGUAACAGCAAAGUUCCCAGGCUAAUGGUACACAGCUAAUGGUAAAUUAACCACCAAUCAAUAUGCAAUUGCAUUUGCAUUAAGGGGGUGGGGGACAGAUGGGCAAGGAAGGUAUUUAAAAUCUGUUCCUAUAAUGAGUGAUGUGGAGAAGUGGAAAGUUCAGGAAGCAAAAAGUCAAGCAACUCCCAAUCAUCUCAGCCCAUAAACCCACUGAUGAAGCAUUAGAGCCAAUUGUAAAAGGUUCAAUUCAUAGUUGUAGGUCCCAGAGGAGGCCUGAAGGUCGCUAAAUCCAGCUAAUCUCUAAGUGAAUGGAGUGCCACUCUGGACACUUAAAGCUCUGAUCACUAUUGAACUUGAGAAUGUUGUCACACAUCCCAGCAUAGUGACCUUGCCCAUAGUUCUGCAUAAACUAUAUCAACAUUGGGCUUAUCCACACCUCCGUUUGCCCUGCUGCUUAACCACUGAAUUGGAACAAACGGCAACUGGGCUUUCCCACAGGUUGCAUUUUGUUCCAAUUUAGUUCUAGAGAGCUGGCUUUCCAGGGUAAAGCAGUGGCGCAAAGCCAAAACUGCUCAGCCCUGUGCCUAGAAAGCACCAAACAUGCGAAAAACCACUCAGCCUUGUGCUUUCUAGGAACAGGAAAAACAGGCGUGUGGAUGAGCCCGUUGUGCAAUUCAGCCAUUAAAAACCAGGGGUCUUUGGAUGAUUAUCUGGAUGCUUGCAAGUCAAGUAGAGACAGAACUGUGUUAGCUGUUAGAAAUCACACAGGCCAGCCAGGGAGAUGCUACUGACUUUUAAUAAGUUAAUUUGCCUGGGACUGUUCUUGUUGCAUUUCUCCUUUCCCCGUUUUAGUGCUCUGUGUAGAAUUGCCCUGUGCACACUUCCUUGGGAGCAAGCUGCAUUGAACUCAAUGGGAUUUACUUAGGAACAUAAGAAGAGCCCUGAUAGAUCAGACCAAAGGACAAUCUAGCCCAGCAUCGUGUUCUCACAAGGGCCAGCCAGAUGCUGCUGGGAAGCCUGCAGGCCCUGAGCAGAAUGCUUUCCAUUGCUAACAAAGUAUUCAGAGGCCACCACCUCCGACACGGCAGGCGGUACAGAGCUGCUAUGACUAAGGCUUGUCCACACUCUGGUUUGUCUUGUGCUUUCUUAGAGCUGGCAUCAGAUCAGCAGCUCUGGACCGAAAGGUUUUCAUAUCUAUCCCAGCGCAGCAACACAAAAAACCACUUUCUACCUCUGUCUUGGCACAAACAAUUUGAUUUGAGUUUCUAAGUAACAUGAAAAAUUCAACAGGAAAUGAAUUUUGCUCCCUUUGCUGUUUGCACAGGACCAGGUUUUUUUUUGGUGACAGGAGCUAUCACUUUUUAUUUUUCUUCUUUUAUAAUUUACAGAUACGUUUGAGCGGUGGCCGCACGCCCUACGAAGGCCGGGUGGAAGUUCUCCGGGAGCUCAACGGCACACUCAAGUGGGGCACAGUCUGCAGUGACAAAUGGGGCACGAUAGAAGCCAUGGUGGUCUGCCGCCAGCUGGGGCUUGGCUAUGCUGCCCACGCCUUCCAGGUAUGUUGAUAACUCUUGGCUGGUUUCCUAGUGGGCCAAUUUUACCUAGGAUCCAAUCUGAACACCAACCUGCUACAUGGGAACCACUUAUCAUUUUUCAUUAUACUCGUUUGCCUUCUUUAUCUGGCUGUCUCCAUCUCUCUUUCCAUGCCCCCAUACUUCUGCAUUAUUCUCUCCUUCCUAUCUUCCUUUCCUUUCUUUUAAAAAGUUAGAAAGAAAGACAAAAUGGUGGCUGCGUCCCUAUUGUAGGGAUGGGAAACUGUGGCCUCCCAAAUAUUGUUGGGCUCCAGUUCCUACCAACCUCAGUCCAUUUGGCCAAUGGUUAGGGGUGAUGGGACCCCUAGUUCAGUGACCUGGAGGGCCUCAGGUUCCCCUUCCUUUGCUAGGGGCACACUCACCUUUUGGUCCACAGUGCACUGAGGUUUUCAUAUGCAUGACGGGAACCACCUGGAGCUUCACAUGGCUGCAAUGUGUACAAGCAGCACAGCUGUCUGUAGACCUUAACCUCAAAGACUCUCUUAAUUCCAAUAGCAUGAGCUACAAGCAGCCUUAACUUCUGCUUUUAAGGAAUGUUCCAGUCAUACAUCAGAGAAUCGUAACCUCAUUUGUAUUAAAAGCUGGCCAAACUAGGGAGGCCUAAAAUUAUUGGACCAUGUGAGAUUUGAAAUGGGUCAUGGAAACUGAACAUUCAUCUAUACCCAAAUAAUCCAGUUCUUCUUUAAGAGCAACUUGUACCCAUGGGGAGAAAGUAGUAAUGUUGGUUUUAGGUCACUGCAGGAGAGUUACAAUGUCUUUGUGAAAUAAGCUAUAUGGUCUUACAGUAUUCAUUGAAAAUUCUUGAAGUAUUAAGACAAGCAACUGUGGUAGAAAGUGGACAGUAUAAUAGCUUUGCAGCAACAAGUAAAAUGUAAUACAGAAAUGAAAGAACCUCAGGAGAAUGUUUAAGAUGAAAUCAUGUCCAACCACACGAGAGAAGAUGACCACCCAUAUUUUGGUGAGUGUUUUUGGUUGGGAUGAGGAAGGUACCAAAUCCACAGGUGGCUGCGCAGAGCUAGUCCCAUGCUUGUUAAGAGGACACACCUGCCCUAAUAUCCACAUUACCUGAAGUCCUUUCCCUCCGGGGCCUCUGGCUUCAGUUUGCCUGUCAUCAGCUGUCAUGGAGCUUAUUGAUUAAUCACAUUGGUAUCCCACCCUUCCUCCAAGGAGCUCAGGGAGUUACAUAAAUGGGGAUUGUUCUAUUUUACGGAGAAGUGUCAGCAGCUCUUCCCAGACUCAGGCCCCUCUUUUUUGCAGCCACCCACUUAUUUUCUGAUAUAUUUUUGAAUGCUGUGAUUUCAUGCUGUGAAUGCCCUAAUUUCCUGGGUCAUUUAAGACUUAAAUUCACAGUUAUUGCUCAUUACUUGAUGCCGUACUCGAGCAUUUUCUGCUCAAGGAAACAUUGCUAUUCUUCAUCCACGCUUUGGGUUUCCUGCCAAGGGGGCAACUUGUGCUUCUUUCUCCUCUGCAGAGAGUUGCGCAAGCUGCAACUGCAUUGGCCCCCUGACCUCAGUGGAACCUUCCACUUUAGCUGACCCAGAAAGUUCACAACACCUGGUUCCUUUCUAGCUCAAAGCUACUGUACUUUGAGGGGAAAUGCAUCAAAAUGCAGCAUUUCCUAAGAAAGGACAGGUUAGAGGUUAGAUUAGCAGUGAGAGUGCACUGGGGGCAGAAUGAGCAGGGCUGCAUCCACAGCCUUUGACAUUGUUCAGAUAUUAUGCAGAACGCUGCUGGGAAGUGAGGUCUUCUUAGAUGAGGAAUUCUCUUUUGCAACAGUACCCAAAAGUGGAGCUCCCUUUGGUGACCCCACCCCACCCCCAAUGUGUUGCAAAAAAGCACCAACUGUUUCUGGGACAUUUCCCCAGGAAAUAAGCUGGUGCCAAAACACACCUUAAUUGUCAAGGCUAGAGGAGGUGGCAGCAAGGGGAGCUAGCGCUACAGUCUACUGUGUGUUCCUCUUAAAACGAGCUGGAAGGCCUCACUUUAGAGAUUUGGUUUAUUUUCUUGUGUGGCUGCCAACUCCUAGUUCAAGAGUUGAGGGCAACUACAUCCAUGGAACACCAUGCUUUCUGAUCUCUCAGCUGUGUUGACAUAAGCAGGGCCAGUGCUGUUUGAUGUGGGGCAUUUCCUGUGGCCGGGGCUACUGAUACUUGCAAGAGAAAAGGCCCUUGUGUUCCUCCAGGCUGCACCCUUGACUGGAAUAUACGGCGACCCUUGUGUGUGGAACAGGGCGCACCCUAUGUACCUAUAUGUGUGUGCAGCCGGUCAAGGGGGCCGUUGGCAAUGCAGUUAACUAGACCGUGUGUUGCUGCAGAAGCGAUGGUACGUACAGUUCAUUCACCCUUUUAUGAUGUCCUCCCUGCCUUGGAUUUUGCACAAAGAGGACAAUAGUGCUAAUCUGAAGCCCUUCUUGCAUUUAUACCACAUAUUGCUGAAGCUAAGGAGCUUUUUACAUUUUGCAGGUAAAAGGUCGCAGUUUCAGUCUCCAUCAACUACAAGAAGCAGGUAGCGCUGGGAGAGAAUGCUGUUUGAAAUUCCAGAGAGCUUCUGCCAGCCAGUGUAGACAAUACUGAGCUUUAUGGACUGAUGGUCCAACUUGGUAUAAGGCAGCUUCCUAUGUAGUAAAUACAGGAAUGCGGGCUGCCAAUCAGAUAUAGAGAAAGCCAAUUUCAGUCUCCUGUAAAAAGACCUUUAAUUCUCAUGGCUGAAAGUGUGAGGACAUGCAUAAUGUCUUAACAGCAGUCGCGAGGGGUCCUUUACCAGAGACUUCACAAUGUGUCUUUUGCUUGCCAGCGAGUUCAGUGCUGACUUAGCUGUCAGACUUCACAAACACAUACACACACAGGCCUCUCCUGCAUGUUCAGCAGGGGUGCCAUUUAGGGGGAGCCGAGGGGCCAAGGACCCCCAAAGAAAUUUCAAGGAGGGGGCUGAGCCCCCUCAGUAUUCCAUGGUGAUGUACAUGCACCACGCAACACGCUUACAUCACUCAUGCACACACUUCCCUACAUGCUCAUGUCACACGUCAAGUCGUGGGGGGGGCUCAUCAGCACGUCCCACAAUGUGCGUGCGACACAUCAGCAUGCCGUGUGGUGUGCAUGUGCCGGCUCCCUCAAUCGCAAGGGCAAGCCAGUGUGCCUGAUGCUCAAUAAGAUGGUUGCAUACGUGAUUUCUCAAGCAUUAGAAACCAUUAAGUUAAAAGUAAAUCUGAGCCACUCAGAAACAUUUCAGUUCAAAAAUACCUUAAACCAAACAGGAGGGUUUUUUAAAAAAAAAAAUAAACAAAAUAAUGUUAAGAACUAAAUGAGGUGUUUGUGUGGAACUAAAUAAAAAGGAAGGUAUGCUAGCAAAUUUUUUUUAAAUAAUAAUAAUGUUUUAAAAACUGCUCUAGGAAUUGGAGUGUUAGCGACCUCACAGGUGCUAGACAAUAGGCUCCAUUCACAAUUGGCUUCUCAUAGAAUCUUAGAGUUGGAAGAGACCCCGAGGGUCAUCUAGUCCAGCCCCCUGAAAUGCAGGAUUCUCGGCUAAAGCAUCAAUGACAUCCCUUCUUCCAAAACCAAACUACACUGAAAACUUCACUCCCAGUCCAAAAAAAGUAUGUUAGCAUUGCUUUCAAAACAGUCCCAUUGCUAUUGAUGUGGUGUUCAUCUUUUCAGGGUCUUAUCGUAACUUUCAAUAAUUUCCAAUACUUUACAAACUAUCUCCAUGGUAUUAGUUAUAAAAGUGCAUCUUGGCUACAGAGUGAGCUUUCUGUUGUCCUUCCAAACACACAGAUGUUGCAAGGGAGGCCUCGUUUAUAUAACAGGCAACAAUAUUAUUGUGGCAGCACUUCUGACUCAAAACAGAUCAUGCCGAUAAAUUAAUAGAUGAUUUGUGGUGUUCAGGGUGGAGUUGGGAAUUCAAAGCUUGGCUGCCCAAUUGCUAUAGCAAGUCCAGAAUCAUUGCAUUCACAAUGAAUUGCAUCAUCAGACCACCAGAUGAGGAGGAGGAGAGGCUAGGAUGGUUGGAGUAACCUUCAAGAACAGUCUGCUGCAUUUCCCAACCUUCCAGCUCAUUUGAUAGACCAGGUGUUGUAGGACCAAGCCAGUCCCCAGCAAAGGAUGCUUGCUAUUUAUUUAUUACAAUUGCCUUUCAGGGUAUAGGGUUAUAGCCUGUGUUACUUACACUCAGAGAAGAUCCAUUGCAAUUAAUGGGCAUUGCUUACUUAGUCCUAUUAAUUGUAAUGCGUUUACUCUGAGUAGAACAUAGUUUGAGAUAACCCUUGGAUCUUACCAAAGUGGCUUACAAGUCACAUUCAGUCAUAUAUUUUAAAAACACAAUAAACAAUAUUAACAAGUCAUCAGCAUCCUUCCUAUGUGGCAGUUGAUGAUAGAUUACCCUUUGUAGGGGGAGGAAAGUCCAGCUGGGGGGGGGGGGUCUGCUUGAGGAAUCCAUUCUUUGAGAAUUCUAGAACUAAUUUAAUGGGCUAAUCUGCAGCACUUAGAGUGACAUGCAGUUGGAAUGCAGUUAUUCUUCGGAAUGUUGUGAUACAGUACUUCACUUAACAAAAAUGUAACAAAAUGCAUAUGAAAAAAUAAAUAGGAAUGCAUAUUUUGUGAGGAAAUAGUAGGCAACAGUCAACUAUCAUUUCCCACUGACACAAGGGUUUCAUUUUACACAAUGGAACUUCUCACCUCCUGCCCCUGUGCACCCCCUCUGGAGCAGAUUUGGGAAAGGUGUGUGGCAUACAUGGGGAGAAGCGAGGGGGAACAUUCCAUUGCACAACAGAAAAUCCCUGCACCAAUGGGAUGUAUGACUUGGCUCUUGUUCUUUAAAUACGACUUCGUGUGCAGAAUUUUUAUUAUUUUAAUCAUGGAUUACUGUGGAAACACAAUAUAGUGGACUUUGGAAUGAACACAUGCAAAACUGACAUGGACCAGUAGCAGACAUCCAUCCAUCCCUACCAAGACCAUUUUGCUUCUUCAGCUCUGAAGCAACCCUUUCACUCAUACUGAUACAGUUCCAGCAUUAGCAUGUUCACACUGGGUCUCUCAUGCAGAUGUACUGACAUAUUAAUAAUGGUGCUACAUUGCUGGCUGGCCAAUCCUUGAUUGGACUGCUUGCUGGUUCAUAGCCAGAUGAACUACACACUACUACACAUACUACACAGAUGGGAGCUCAUUGGGCCUUGCUUAGAGGAGACCUGCUGAAAUCUAUGGCCAUGAGUAAUUUUUAAGUCCAUUAAUUUCAAUGGGACCUGCCUUGGAUACAAUCUAUGAUUAGAAAAUAGUUGAUGAUAUCUCUGUUCGAAUGAGACACUCAUCAGAGUUUAGGGAAGGUUGCACAUGCAGAGCUAAGGGGAGACUGCAAAUGGAAGUUGGUAGUUUGGGAGAAAAGGCAGAGAAAGUUGAAAGUUAGCUGAAAAAGGCCUCUGCGGUCUGAUAUCAGGUAGCAGAUCUGCUGCCUCCUGUUUACCUCUGCUUUUACUCUUAUAUUCAGUGAAUUUUUUCUGGAGGACGCAGGAGUAUGCAUACCCCUAAACAUCUUGUGAAUCUAAGUUUGGCCUCAUUGAGGGGCAGUAUUUCAAUAUGAGUAGGAAAAUGAGAAUACCCCUAAACAUUUUUUUUAGGAAAAAAGCACUGCUUAGAUUUGUAAAUCUGAAUUGUGCAUUGCUUUGUAACGAUUUGUUGGGUCUCUGGACCGCACUAAAGAUUGAUGAUGAUUUGUAAAUAAGGUAAGGUUACACCUGAUUUGGUGCAUCAAAUGUUAACAGGAGCUUGGUAUAUUAUCACUUUGUACACAGAUUUGGCUGGCUGUCAGCUGCAUACCCUUGCCUUCCCUUGCCUAAGCUGCUGUAAUGCCACUGAUCCCAUUCUGACUGCCAUGGAGGAAGGGCCAGUCAUGGAAUGGUGACUAGAUGUGCAGUUACUGAGUGGGAAGUGAAAGAUUGGGCUUGCUUGGCAGAAGUAAAAAUUCAUCUGAAUGGCAGGAGUGUCUCUGUGAAUGGUAAAACACAAAGGUUUGGUGUGGGGGCUGAGGGCCAGGGAACCAGAGGGUUUGGCAGAGUUGAAUUUCACACAGUGAUUCGAAAUAACUAGCAGAAAAAGAGAGCAAGGAAUAUUCUCGCCUCUAUUAGGUGGGCAUAGAUAUUUUCUAAAAGCUUUCCAUACCAUGGCUUUGUUCCUCCUUUUUUUGCAGCAGUGGUCAGUCCUGUACUUUUGGGCAGGACAGCUACUUGAGGAAAAAGCCACUCGCACAUCAGCCCAUCUGCUGUGCUUGGCUCCUGGUUAGCUCAAUGGGAGAAAAAGGCACGACAAGCCGCUUGACUUGCUGUUUACUGAGUUGUUGCCUGUUUUCCAGGACAUGUGCCAGGUCUCCAUUACUCAGUGAGUUCAAGGAGGUGGCAUUUUAAUUUGUUCAUAAUUCAGUUAAUUCUUCUUGGGCAAAUGUCAGCUGUCUGGGAUCCAGCUGCUAAAUAGAUGCUUCCUGGAUCCAAGUAUCAGAUAGUAGCAAAAAACCUUGAGAGCUUAAUUAGGUGUUGCAAGAGACAAUAAAUGGUAGCAGAUUCCCCCCCCCCCCAAUAAUGUUUGGGUAAAGAAUGUGUGAUGACUGACACAGCAUUUCGCUGUGUUGUUCCCCUAAUAUGCCAGGACAAUGACAGCAUGCACUGAGUUUACAGUGGUACCUCAGGUUACAUACACUUCAGGUUACAUACGCUUCAGGUUACAGACUCCGCUAACCCAGAAAUAGUGCUUCAGGUUAAGAACUUUGCUUCAGGAUGAGAACAGAAAUCAUGCUCCAGAGGCACGGCGGCAGCAGGAGGCCCCAUUAGCUAAAGUGGUGCUUCAGGUUAAGAACAGUUUCAGGUUAAGUACAGACCUCUGGAACGAAUUAAGUACUUAACCCGAGGUACCACUGUACUUAGAAAUUGUAAGAGGAAAGAGUACAGCUCUGUAACUUUCACAGCUGUGAGCUGCGGAGCCUUAAUUUCAAAACUUUAUGGGACUGCAUAUACACUAUGACUUCCCCCAAAGAAUCCUGGGAAGUGUAGUUUGUUAACAGUGCUAGCAAUUGUAGCUCUGUGAAGAGUAAGCUACAGUUCCUGGAAUGCACUAGGGAAAGUCAUGUGCUUUAUCUCGGCCUCAGCUGAGACGUGGUGGUGAUCAUAGUGGCCUCUUAUAAGAGUGUUGUAGAUGCGGCAGGUGUAGCACUUUGCAUUCAAGAAAUGCAGUAAAUAAUAGCAAUAAUCAAUAGGAACAAACCAAUAGCUACAAAAACCACAAAUAUAUUCAGACUGAGGGUGGAUCUACACACAGGAGAAAAGUAAUAAAUUACCGUAUUUUUUGCCCUAUAGGACGCACUUUUUCCCCUCCAAAAAUGAAGGGGAAAUGUGUGUGCGUCCUAUGGGGCGAAUGCAGGCUUUCGCUGAAGCCUGGAGAGCGAGGGGGGUUGGUGCGCACCGACCCCUCUCGCUCUCCAGGCUUCAGGAAGCUAUACGCUAGCCGUGGGAGACGCAGCUCUCCCACGGCUAGCGGAGAGCUUGCCGGCACCCAGAAGCUUGGGGCGCGCUGAGCUCAGCACGCCCCAAGCUUCAGGCUUCGGGCAGCUCUACGCUAGCCGUGGGAGAGCUGCGCAACUUCGCGCAGCUCUCCCACGGCUUGCGGAUAGCAGCCUGUUCUGGGGGCUGGGGUCGGGGGAAGCUUGGGCUUCCCCCGCCCCAGCCCCGCACCUGGGGGGGAAAUAAUUUUUUUCUUCUUUCCCCCCAAAAAAACUAGGUGCGUCCUAUGGGCCGGUGCGUCCUAUGGGGCGAAAAAUACGGUAAAUUGUUAGAACAAAAGAAUAAAAACACUAUGUAAAAUCACAUAGAAAGGUUUUGUGCUCUACUGCGCCAUCUGGUGCUGCAUGUUUAUAAUGCAUUCAAAAUGCUAUGGUUUUUUUUUACUAAUGUAGCUGAGUCCUGACACUGCCUGUGUGAAGUUAUAAGGCAGAUUAAUGCAACAGGCGAUUCACAGACUUUUUAGAAAAAACAAACUUGAUUUAGAUUAGUAGGGAGGGACUCAUACACUGAUUAGCAAGGGGUAGUUACAAGAUAGUUUUUAAAAUUUUCUUAAUACAACAGCCCAUCUAGCCCAUCUUCCUGCUUACACAGUAGCUGACCAGAUGCCUGUGAGAAGCCGGCAGCAGCACUCUGUCUCCCUGCGAUGCGCAGCACCUUCUGCCUCUGACAGCGACAGUAGCUGUCAUAGCUAGUGGCCAUUGGUAGCUCAUCCUCCGUGCGUUUGCUUGAUCCUCUGCUGGCCAUCGCUGCCUCCUGCGGAAGAAAGUUCUUGAAGGGCUCCUCAGGACACCUGAGGGUGCUUCCACUCUGCUAUUGACUGUGUAUUCGGUGCUAAUCGUGUCUGCAAGUUUUGUGCAGCAUCAAAAUGUCAUCACUUUUUGUUUUCCCAUUUAAUUCAGAUUUGCCAGUCCCGGUGAAAUCUGAUAAGUAAAACAGAAGUAAAACCCAACAGAAACAGUAAAUGUGGAUGAAGUGGGCAUGGGUGUGUGGGGUGACAUUUUGUUGAGAACAGCAUCAUGUGGAGGUGUUGUGGCCUGAGGAGUCGGGCCAGGCGGCCCCAGUUUCAUUUGCACUGAUAAGGUUGGAUAUUGAAGCCACUCUUCCUAUGGGGAGUAGGGACCAGUACCUUAUUUUCUCUCUCUUUUAGUUAGUAAAAGCAUAGGAGUAAUGCUGUACAUUAGCCUCAGGAGAACACACAGUUUAAUGAUUUUGUUGCUGCAAGCUCCAGGACUUUCAGAAUCCUUGAUGGGGAGCCUCUUAAUCUUCAAAAAGAAAAAUGAGAAAUUGUCUGAAGCUGCCUUCAGCAUUUUCAAGUGUUCCACGCGAAGUAGGCUGCUGGGUCUUGGGAGCCUCAGAAAUGACAAAUCUCGUGUUUCCCUGAACUUGCAAUUAUUAUUUUUUAUUGUAAAGCAUACAUAGUUCUUUUUUUUUUUUUAAGCAUUAAAUUCUGCUUCCAUUGCUAUGUUUUCUGCUAGGAAACCUGGUACUGGUAUGGAGAAACGAGCACCAGUGAUGUUCUCAUGAGUGGGACAAAAUGUUCUGGGACAGAGAUGGCCCUGUCACACUGCCGCCACGAUACCCACGUAUUCUGCCCCAGAGGAGGUGGGCGCUUUGCAGCUGGCGUUUCCUGCACAGAAAGUGAGUUGUGAAACUUCCUUUUCUAGGUACCAGAAAGACAAACCUCCCAUUUCUAUUUUUUGCCCUGGAUCUUUGUUUUCUUUUCUUUUGUUGUUUUGUUUUGUGACAGCUGCCAUUAUAAAUGAGAUUUGCCUUGUAUUGGUGAAUUUUUAAAACUCUGUUUUAAAGAUCUGUUUCUGAGUCACUCAGGGCUCUCUCUGCUUCAAAUCAUUAUUUUGAGUUCCAAACAUCUCUGCAUAAAGGGAAGGUGUCUGUUCCUCCAUUCACUACUACAAGGGAUCUAAAAAUCCACAACUUUUUCCUCUUGGCCAAAAUGGAAGGAAUUUCUAGGCACAGGAGCUCCUCCAGAGUAAAUUGUGUCUGCCAAACUGAAGACAAAUAGGUCCAGCAAAUGGGGGGGGGGGCAUAAAAGGGAUUCACUUUCCUCCAUAAUCCCUGGUGGUUUUGUCUCUUUCUCACUGUGAUAUAAUUAAAAGGUGUCUGAGUGGUAUGUAGUUUUGCUUGUCUUUCUGGUGAUUGAUUGUGUUCUCUAAUAGGCCUUUCACUUUAAAGUUUACAAGGUAGUCCCAUAAAGGCCUCCCCUUAGGGCUUUGCAGAUCUCAAGUAGACCAUACGAUGGUAAGCUGCCCAAGAACUCUGUGUAUGGAGUUAUAAAGAGAUCUUGGGGUUUUUGUUGUUAGAGCAACAUGGGAUUUUUAAAAUGAAGCUUUUAACUUUUUUUAAAAAAGAAAUAAUCUAAUGUUGUGCUUUAACACAAAAAAAUCCAGAACUCUUCAAUGCUCUGCACGCAACAUUUUUUAACACCUCACUAAGCCCAUGGAUGUAAGAAGCAUAGUGAUAUAUAGGAAAACACAGCUAAUGCAACAUGGAGGGUGCUGGCCUGAAAAGUCUGCAUGUUGGGGCUAAGACUCCCUUUUCUUUUCUGGCCUCCAGCUGCAGCUGACCUUGUCCUCAAUGCCAAAGAAGUGGAAUACACAUCAUACCUGGAAGACCGUCCCAUGUUCAUGCUGCAGUGUGCCCUGGAAGAGAACUGCCUGGCCUCCUCCGCUGUCAACACCUCCAUUUCCACUGGCUAUAGGAGGCUCCUGCGUUUCUCAUCCCAGAUCCACAACAACGGACAGGCUGACUUCCGCCCCAAAAGUGGACGCCAUUCCUGGAUUUGGCAUGACUGUCACAGGCAAGACUUUGCUGUUCACCAGCACCGUUGCGGAUUUACCCAGUAGAAAAAAACUUGGGGUGGUCAGAGUUCUGGCCUCAGCAAAUCUGAUAAAAGGCAGAUUAAGAUCCAUGCGAAAUGUAGGGCAGCCCUGUGGAUAAAACGCUGGUUGUGAACUCAGUGUUCAGGCUCAAUGUCCAUACCUGCCAGCAGCAAGCGAGCUAGGUUCAGUAUCUCUUCUGUAUAUAUUUUUAGGCCCCACUAGGCCUAAUUGGGUAAUUGAGGCAUCCUCUACAUCCCCUGAAAUGACAUAGGCCAGGAGUGGCAUGGAGGAAGCAGUCACUCUGGUCACAGGGAUUUCCAAGGCUGCUCUAGGGAAGCGCCUUCCAGUGAACUUCCACCCACGGAGCAGCACCCUCACUGCAAAAUCGGUUUUGGGGGCCAUUUUGAUGUUCCCACAAUGCCCUGGCAUAGCAUUGUUCUAGUGCAUCCUAGGAACGUCAAAAUGGUGGCUUCCAAAACAAAAUGCUCACUGAUGGUGCUUGAUAAACCUGAGCCUGUGGACAUGGGCAAGUGGGAGGGCCCAUUGCAGGACAGGUGUUGGCAAAAUGGGCCUUGUUGGGACCCCUGGUGGGUGCCUGAGGUGUCAUGUGCCGCUGCUGGCUCUGGAUAGACCAGACACCACCCAGGUGAUCCUUACAAGAACUCUGUGACGUAGGUUAGGCUGAGAGACAACAGCUGGCCCAAGGCUAGAGUUAGGUUAGCACAAUGUGCUGUGUGGUUUAGUGGGUAUUUGAACCUAGUGCUCUGGGAUCCAGUUCUGUGAUCCUUGUCCCCACUGGCUCAUUAUCCCCACUCUAAAUAUGCCUAAAAAGCAAACCAGGGAUAAAAAGCAACUCUUCUUCACAGAUAUUCAUUCAUUCCUUUCAAAGCAUGAUGUACAGUCUAAAAAAAACAAAUAAUAUAUGUUUUGAAUCCCAGUCUUUCAUCCAUUAAGUUCAGAGCAGGCCCAGCACUUGCAUGAGUGUAUACGGAGCUAAUACUCGCCUCUUGCUUCAAUGGGAAGCUUUGCCUUCGGCAGGGAGGCUUCCACAGGGAAAGUUCAUUGUGGACUCACUGCUGCUCAGGCAUGUAGGUUUGCUGCAGCUUCCACACAACAUCAUCCUUAUCAAAAGGCCACCCCAUAUUUUUUGCCCAUUUAAUCCAAAAUCAACACUUUUGUUUGUUUUUAUGUACAGGAUUUUCUGCAGAAACAGUAAAUCUGAAUAAAGUGGGAAAGUAAUGCAGGGCAGCAUUUUGAUGAAAGUGGCUUUCUCUGGAUACUGUGGGAAAUUUGUAUGUGUGAGCAGCCUUGACUGAGCUUCAAACCCCACGCGGAAGCAGCCCCUAUCUCUGGAGCACCAAAUCAGCCACUGCACUUGUGCCUUAAAACAAUACAAUAACCCUUUAGCAAUCUGUUGAGGUGACUCUCACGAAGUUAAUAUUCCCAGUUUAUACUCCCUUACCUAGUAUAUUACAUUACUCCAUAUUCAUCAGCAAAGAUAUGUAAGGUUGUAGCCAGUGCUAGUCCUACUCAGAGUAGAUCCAUUAAAGUUAAUAGACAUGACUAACUUAGGUUCAUAGAUUUUAGUUGGAUACAACUGGUAAUGUUGUAUCUAAUGUAGCACUAAAUUGGGGUCCCAUAAACACAAAGAUUACUGUUAAUACAAUUGGACUCCCCCCCCUUUUCCCUGUGCAACCCCUAAGUAGGGGUUCCUCAACCCCUCUGAAGCCGUUCUGGGGAGUGCUGGGCAUGCGUGGAAGGGGGGAGGGAGCCCUGUUGUGCUAGCAGUAAUCUUUGGGCUGACGGGGUGAGUUUCUUGAAUUAUGCAGGCGUUCAUCAUUUCAGGAGGGGCCCCAUUUCCCAUCUAGCGCAGGUCUGAAUAACUUGUGAUUCACCAGACCAAAUUCAGCAAGCAUUAUGGGGCCCACCACCUCCUUGAGAGACCUCAUCCGCCCCAUUUUUGCAGCACUCAGUCAGCGGCAAACAUAUAACAGUUAUCGGCCUCUGGUGGCUGUUGGGCCACGUCUACCUGGGUGGGUCAAGAGUUCUACAGGCCUCUUUCUGCUUAAUCCCAGAGCCCAACAGAAAAAGAAAAAGAAAGAGGAGUCCCACCUCAGCACGCUGACUCUCUGGCAUUUCCCAACAAGCUCGAGUUAAGUGAGGCAGCUGUAGCCCAUCCAUGUGUUUAAGCCAGUCUCUGUUUGCACUAAGGAAUACAGACUCAAUUCCUCUUCAGUAUUUCCAGUCUGUAAACACCAUAAUAUAAACAACUAUCUGAAUGAGCAGACAUAUUUUAGCAACGGAGUCAGACCUGAGGUUUAAAGCUUUUUAUUUCUUUUUCUUUUUUGCACUGGAAAUACUUUGAGCAUCCAACCUCAGUGUAAAUAGUUUGGACAUCUCAAAUUUUUCUUCCUCUCCCUGACCAUCUCAGCCUGUUCCUAAGCAUUUUUGUCCAGGAUACAAAACCAGGGAGGCAGGGAGGGCUACUUAACAGGCAGGUAAAAGGAAACCAAAGAACAUCUGGCAGUGAUUCCAGGGCAAUUAAAAUCUCCCUUUAUGCCCCCUCUCCCCUUAUGUCAACAUAUUUAAAUAGAAUAAACACGAUGGGUGUACUAGGUGCUGCUACCUGAUACUGAAUAUCAGCUGUUUAAUAUUAAGCCAUGGUUUAUUUUUACAAGUGAAAAAGAGCAAGCGAGCUCCACUUUUCAGUUGCUUGGCUUCCCUUCCCUUAAACUGUGAUGUGUCCAUUAGAGGAGCUUGGUUUCCAAAUGGGGAAAAUCUCAAUGUUCAUCUAGACUCAAGCAUUGCCUGAGUGUAGGGCUUAACUCGCGGAUAUUGGUGCUAGGUGCUUUGAAGGCAAAAAACAGGGAACAGUGGCUCUUUGAGAGACGCUAUGGCUCUCCCUUGGCAUCCUCUCCACAGGUUUCUAACUAGCUAGCUCCGUAGGUGCUAAUAGUCUCAAGCCCAAGUCCAUGAUAGCCGCUAAGUCAAGUGUUUCACAUUUGUGCUUUUUGGAGAGGGCUCAUAGCUCCAGUGGUGUCUGGUGCUCAUUGCCACUCCUGGGGUGGGAGGCAGAGGCAGUGAUGGAGACAGAGCCAACUUGCUCCUGCUGCUCAGUUCUACAGGGGCAGCCGUGAGACUCAAGAGAAGGAAGCUGAGAGGCAGAGCCGCACCCUGAACUGGUUGUCAGUAAGAAGGCAGGCAGGUGAGGGUUGGCUGGUGGGGCACUGCCCCUUUCCCCCUCUUCACUCAAAGACCACAUGGUUCGUAUGCAAAUGUUAGAUGAUGUUGCGUCAAGCUAGUGCUGUUUCAAGCCCAGUGCAUUUUUCCUGUCACUUUCCUUUUUGCAGAAAGUUGGGGGGGGGAGGUUUGUUGCACAAGAGUGCCAAAUCAACUUUAAUCGUGUAAUUUUAAUUUGUCAGUAUGUUAUUGAAACCCAGCCCAAAAUAGAAAUAUUCUGAAAGCACCCAGCAGAAAUAUAACUGAUAUCCUGAGUGCUUCUAGUGAGGUUCUGUGGACCUCGGACAAUACAAUCUGCCCCAUAGCAGAGUGCAGAUUAUUAUUUGGCAAUUUGUUAUUUGGAAUAACAAUCCUUGAGGACAAAAUGAGUGGAAAUUUCCCCUAUGAGGAAAGCUUUCAGCAGUUGGGGCAUUUUGGUUUAGAAACAAGGCGAGUCUCAACUUAUGCUUGGCAUGGAGAAAGUGGGUUGAGGAGUUUUCCUCCCUCUCUCUGAAUACUAGAAUUCAGGGACAUCAGAUGAAACUGAAUGUUGGAAGAUUCAGGGUGGACUAAAGAAAGUACUUCUUUAUAAAGGGCAGAAUUAAAUGAUGAGAUUUGUUGCCCCAGCAGGUAGAGAUGACCACCCAUUGGAUUAGACAAAUUCAUGGUGAUUACUAGCCAUCACGGCUAUGUUUUUGUCUCCAUGGUCAGAGACUGUAUCCGUCUGAAUAACAGUUGCAGGAGAGACGGCUCUGGCGCUUGCAUCCUGCUUUUGGGCUUCCCAGAGGCAGCUGCUUGGCCCCUGUGAGGACAGGCGGACCUCUGCCCUGAUCCAGCAGGCUCUUCUUAAAGCAUGUGCUUGGCUUGAUACGAUACAAUAAUCUUUAUUGUCAUUGUCCCAUACAGAACAACAAAAUUGAAAAAAUCUACAUCAGACAUUCAAAAACCCACAAGCCCGCUAUCCAUAGAAUCAUAGAAUCAUAGAGUUGGAAGAGACCACAAGGGCCAUCGAGUCCAACCCCCUGCCAAGCAGGAAACACCAUCAGAGCACUCCUGACAUAUGGUUGUCAAGCCUCUGCUUAAAGACCUCCAAAGAAGGAGACUCCACCAUACUCCUUGGCAGCAAAUUCCACUGUCGAACAGCUCUUACUGUCAGGAAGUUCUUCCUAAUGUUUAGGUGGAAUCUUCUUUCUUGUAGUUUGGAUCCAUUGCUCCAUGUCCGCUUCUCUGGAGCAGCAGAAAACAACCUUUCUCCCUCCUCUAUGUGACAUCCUUUUAUAUAUUUGAACAUGGCUAUCAUAUCACCCCUUAACCUCCUCUUCUCCAGGCUAAACAUGCCCAGCUCCCUUAGCCGUUCCUCAUAAGGCAUCGUUUCCAGGCCUUUGACCAUUUUGGUUGCCCUCCUCUGGACACGUUCCAGUUUGUCAGUGUCCUUCUUGAACUGUGGUGCCCAGAACUGGACACAGUACUCCAGGUGAGGUCUGACCAGAGCAGAAUACAGUGGCACUAUUACUUCCCUUGAUCUAGGUGCUAUACUCCUAUUGAUGAGGCCCAGAAUUACACUGGCUUUUUUAACUGCCGCAUCACACUGUUGGCUCAUGUCAAGUCAACCAAGACUCCUAGAUCCUUUUCACAUGUACUGCUCUCAAGCCAGGUGUCACCCAUCUUGUAUUUGUGCCUCUCAUUUUUUUUUGCCCAAGUGCAAUACUUUACAUUUCUCCCUGUUAAAAUUCAUCUUGUUUGUUUUGGCCCAGUUCUCUAAUCUGUCAAGGUCAUUUUGAAGUGUGAUCCUGUCCUCUUGGGUGUUAGCCACCCCUCCCAGUUUGGUGUCAUCUGCAAAUUUGAUCAGGAUGCCCUUGAGUCCAUCAUCCAAGUCGUUGAUAAAGAUGUUGAAUAAGACCGGGCCCAGCUAUCCCAGCCUGGUCAGCCCCUAAAAACUCUGAUACCCCAUAAUUGAAUACAAUAUACUCACAUAAAGACUACCUUACACUGUGUUUAAAACCAAAAUCGCAUUUGGAUAGAAACUGUUUCUCAGGCGGCUAGUCCUAGUCUUUAUAACCCUGUACCUUAUUCCAGAAGGCAGAAGCUGAAAGAGAUCAUUUCUGGGGUCCGCACUAUCCUGCACUAUCUCUGCAGCUUUCUUAUGGCACUUAGAAGCAUAGAUUUGAUCCAAGGUGGAAAGAGUGCACCCAAUUAUUCUCUCCGCAGUCUUUACAACCCUGGACAGCAUUGUUUUUUCCCUGACUGUGCAGCUCCCAAACCACACACACAGACCAUAAGUUAAUACACUCUUGUGCAAUGCGCUAUGGCACAUGGACUCAAAUGUGCUGUUGUCUGGGUCAGAGUAACAUGAGUUCCCAGAUUAAAGGGCUGCAUAUGGUGUUAAUUUCCUGCUUCUAUACUAAUGUUAUAAGGCUAAUUUUUUGUUACAAAAUUCCCACAUUUAGGGUACAUUCUGAUCUGGCCAGGGAGCAUUGUCUGAAAAAUGCCUGCUAAUAACUUGGUUAAGGAAAGGAUCCUACUGGAAAACAGCAUUUCCUCCUCCCAGUGAAUAAAGGUGUUGACUUGCUUUGGCUGUAGCAUUGCAUAUGCUAUAUGAUGUUUUGAUAUGUGUUAGUCUACAGCCCACGAGGCAGGAAGAUCAAGGGGUGAAGUUGCUUCCCAAAAUAAGAAGAAUUACACCCCAGGCGGCGCUUUCAAUAAAUCUGGGCAGCAUUGCUGUAGAAGUAUGGAAUCUGUCCUUAAUCAGAAUGUUUGCUUUCUUCUGACUCAUCCAGGCAUUACCACAGCAUGGAAGUGUUCACACAUUACGAUCUGCUGGACCUCAAUGGGACAAAGGUAGCGGAAGGUCACAAGGCCAGCUUCUGCUUGGAAGACAGUGAAUGCCUAGACGGUAUAUACAUUCCUAAUAUACUCAUGAAAUACACUCCAAUGUAAAAUAACCCAUCCUGCUCUCAUUUCUACUGGGGGUCUGCUAAAGAUGGGUGGAGAAAUGUGUGCUAUUCACAUUUAAGAAUUCAUGAUUCUCAAAACAGAAUACGUACAAAAUGAAAUGUAACAAUCAUUCAAAAUUUGCACUUCUUCAAAUGAUACAGUGCAGGAGCAACAAAAAGUUUAUUAUUUAUUUCAUAAAAUUUGCUUGAUGGGGGGGGGACCACCUCAAAGCUGUUUACAAGAGUCAUACAAAACAGUGUAUAUUGAUAAAAGGUUUGGCCCCCAAAGCAAACAUUCCUGAACAUAACGUGUGAAAAUGUAUAUAGUUAGGGUGAAAUUGCUUGUGAAAAAUUGUAUAUCAUGAGAACACAUAUGCAAAGGUGUGAGGAUUUUUGUGUCAGCUUGUGAACUGAUGUGAAUUCUUGGCUGUCUUGACUUGGCUGUGUUGUGAUCCUCAGUCUGUUGCAAAUUGAUGGCAGUAUUCAUUCACAAUUGUGACAAGUGUGGUAAGGCAGAGACUCAGUGGAAAGGGAAGUUCUGCUCCAGAGACCCCUAAAGCUCUGCUUUAAGCAUGGUUGGUGCCCCAGUGAUCUCUAUGCUGCUCAGGGACAGAUGCGUGAGAUGCGCACGUGGAUUGUACAUCCCCUCUUGGAACCACUUGCUUGACACUUUCAUCAGAGCACUAGAGCUGGAGGGGAGGCAUAACAGCCCCUGGCAAGACUGGGGAAAGGAGAAAAAAUAGCCGUUGCCAACUAAUCUGGGAGGUGGGGCUGUAAUUAAGCAUCCGGGGCAUCACAACAAGGUUGGGCUUUCAAGUUCUACAGCCCAAACACUCACCUGAAGCCAGGACUUCCUAAAGGGCCUCUUGGCACCACGCUGCUGCUGACGUUUUUUUCCCCAUGUGCUUCCUUCCCCCCUUUAGGUUUCCAGAAGCAAUAUGAAUGCGCCAAUUUUGGGGAGCAAGGGAUCACAGUUGGCUGCUGGGAUGUGUACCGGCAUGACAUUGACUGCCAGUGGAUUGACAUUACAGAUCUUGUGCCAGGAGAAUACUUCUUCCGGGUAGGCUGGGAUUCUUCAGAUUCUGGAGUGCUAUCAGGGUAGCUAAGAGCCACUUCAUGCCAUCACCAAAAGCAAGUGGCAGUAAGCCUUGUAGGUGGAGAGUAGCAUUCAGGUUGCAGGUGGAGGCGAGGAAUAAAGGUAAAGGGACCCCUGACCAUUAGGUCCAGUCGUGACCGAUUCUGGGGUUGCGGCGCUCAUCUCGCUUUAUUGGCUGAGGAAACCGGCAUACAGCUUCCGGGCGAGGAGUACUGCAUGUUUAAAUGCCAUAUGAAAGGGGCCAGUUAAGAACGGUGUUUCAGCUCUAGGACAGGGUGGCUGACUUAGGACCAGCAGAUGUUGUUGGACUACAGUGCUUGCCAUUCUUGGCUACUAGCCAUGCUGGUUGGGGUCAAGGAGCUGGAGUCCAGCAGUGGCUUGAGGGCCACACCAGUUCCCUGUCCCUGAUUUAGGAAUCCUAUAGAUAUUUUGCAACUUGUGAACUGACCAUUAGGCAACCUACAAAACCAUAAUAGGCAUUUCUCAAGAUACUUCUUCAGAGUUAAUUGCAAAUAGGAAGCAAAGGACAACUUGAAAAAGUUUUUUAAAUCCUGCCUGUGGUCACAUUAAAUAUCAAGGUCUAUUCAUAAAUACUUGAUAUGUUUGGUAUAAGUAUCAGCCUUGCAUUGCAGCAUGGAAUACAUUUUAUGCUAUUCAUUUUGUUUUAAGCUUUUAUUAUUUUAUUGUUUUUGUACUCUUGCCUUCAUGACUGUUCUUAUGAUUUUUAUUUUUAUAAGUAACAAGGUCUUUGAGAAAUGAUAAUGAAACCACAAUAAAAUAAUCUGGUUUUUUAAAAAUUCUGUGGGGUAUAAAUAAGUAAUAUUUACUUGGGUUUAACCCACCCAAUUGGUGAACAAUUGUGUCUGAAGUUGUGUAGAAUGAGUAGCGAAUAAUUUCAGGGAAAUAGAUUGUUUUUAUUCAUUUAUGCUGUUAAUAUGUGAUGUUAAGUUCUCAAAAAGGAUGAAAAAGUUCAGACACAAAGAAACAGGAUGUGAGAGUGUGCAGAGAACUGUGGUCUCCAAAAUUAGUCAUACUUUGAGUAGACCUAUUGAAUUGCAUAUUCCACACCUCCGCAAACAGGAUAGUUUGACUACAUGCAGCCCCUGUUCCUGAAUCAGAAACACAAUUGAAGCACCUUGAUUGCACAAAGAAAUCCCCCCACUUCUGGAUCAGGAUCUAUGUCUGAGAUAAGAUGGCCCUAAGAUCCCUAUGUCUGUCCUUUCCAGAUCAUUGUCAACCCAAACAAAGAAGUGGCAGAGUCCGAUUAUUCCAAUAACAUCAUGAAGUGCAAGUGCAAGUACGAACUUCACCGGGUCUGGAUGUACAACUGCCAUAUAGGUAAGUUCAUUAUAGAAGAAAAAGAGAAAAGUCUAGCGGCAGAGAUGAGCUUUGCAUAAAGGUGGUGAUUCAGCGGUGUGUGUAAAGCAAAGGGGAUCUGUGGCCUUGCAGGUGUUGCUGUUCUGUCACCCCUGACCAGGCAGGCUGGCGGCAGCUGGAGUCUAGCAACAACUGGAGGGGCACAGGUUGCCCACACUGGAGUGCACGCGUCAGAGUGUACAAGGAUUCCUUCCUUUCUGUCCUCCCCCCGCCCCCCCAUUUCAUUACUCAUUUGUUAGAAUGACAUUUGUUUAGUUAAUGGGCACUAGUUUAUUCACUUCUGUAACUCCCAUUCAUUUUUCUCUUGGGAUAGAUGUCAAUGUGAGACUUGGCCUGUAACACUGUCUGUUGCCUGGGACUUUUCCACCCAGUUGGCGUGACAUUUCUAGGCAUCCUACCACUCUUUCAAUACAUUGGACCAACCAAAUUUCAGAUAAAAUCUACAUUUCAUAGGCAGUUUUAAAAUACAGACAACUCCCCAUUUAGAUUGCUUUCUAUGAGGAGACACGGCUGUUCUUCAUAUGCUUGUCGCUUCUGUGUUUUCCAUCCAGAACUGGCACAAAAUAUUUAGUUAUUUUACUGUCCAGACACGCACAGUGGAGUCUCCAGUUUACAAGGCAUGGAGACUCAGCCUAACUCCUUCCUGUAAUAUUUCCCUGUAACAUUUCUGUGACCUGUACAGGCUGCAAGUGAAAUUAAUUGGUUUUUGUUUGCAACUUAUUUAUCUGAAUUCUCAUUUAUUUGUUUUAUUUAACUUAUGUACACUUUGUUACAAAAAAAAUGCUAGAGUAAUUUACACAAUUAAACAAAUGAAAUGUGUUUUUUAAAAGAAAGUGCAACCCUAGUAAGGGACAAUUUAGACACAUGGCUUUCUGCUUUCAGACAUGGGUAGCAAAACUGCCUCUGACACUGUCUUUUCCCCUUUUUUCUCCCCCUCACCCCGACUGCAGCUGAUGCCUUCAGUGAAGAAAUAGAAGAACAGUUUGAUUUCAAUGGACUCCUAAACAACCAAGUGUCUUAAUUGGCCUCUUUUUAAGGAGGGAAGAAUACCUUUUCCCAAGAUUUCCCUAACCACUGCACAGAAAACUAAAGUAAUCAAGCAAACAACUAUGAACUUUUAAAAUUAGCUUUGUAAGUUAUUUUCAAGUGUGUGCUCCAUGCCUACUUUAUGGUGUUCAGCAGAAGAAAACGGGUUGACAUUUAUUUCACAUCCAUUCCAGCUGAAUUAUGAUUUUGCACUACCUGCAAGACCUCCUUACCCUUCGUGGGGACCCUAACUUAUUCACAAGGAAUUAUUUGCAAGCUCUCAUCACACCUUUGUUCACUGCGGUGUACAGAGGCAGCAGCGCCACCUGCCCACAACCUGCGUAAAGGAUGCCUGGUGCUGCCAAAAUAGCUUCAUUUUUAAGGGAAUUCCUUUCUCGGCCUUCGUGUUCUGCCUUGAUAAAGAUUUGAAAAAUCUGACUCUACACCACUGGCGCAGAACAGAAGAAUCAUGACGCACGGAGGUCUUGAGACACUCUGUCGUAUUAAUUUCCUGUACUGUCACACUCCUUGGCACCUCCUCUCUGAGAGCACCUCUGACACUCAGUUUUGACAGAAGGUUUGAGAUACCACAGUGAGGAAAAAUCUGCCAAGUCAUUUCAUAUAUCUUGGUUUUUGAUGCCACUAGACUGUGAAUUUUUUUUAAGACAGUAAGCUAUUCCCUUGCCUACAUUUUUCCUUUGACCCGUACCUUCCUGCCACCCCCCUUCACUUCCCACCCCCACCAUGACUACUGCAAAUAAGAAACCCACUACCAAAGAUAACUAAUGGCUUUAUGCCCUCGAGGUCACACAUCCCUUCUUACUAAGUCAGGCUAUCCUGUGAUGGCGCAGGGAGGGAGAGCUUAAAAACACACACAUUAGUAAAUGCAUAAUGGUGCUGAGCACAUGUGCCUCUGUUUGUUUGAGGCCAUGCACUUGCAAUGCAACAGGUGCCGACAGAUCUACACCCUACUUGAAUCUUUUAAAGUGCUUUUGUCCAGGAAAAGAAAGAGCUGGUGUGAUUUGUGUUAUUUCCAGUGACUAGAACCAGCUGCUGUCCUUUUAUUGCAUUUUGUUUUGUUUACUCUUCUGCUGCAUGGUUAAAGAAUGGGGCUGCAAGACAGAAUUAGUUCAACCUUGCCUCUCUGGAGCAGACCACAGUUCAUCUAGUCUAGCCUUCCGCUUCCAGAAGCAGACAGCCAGGUGCUGCAGGAUUUUCAGAAAGCAGGACAACAAAGAUAACUGUCCUCUAUUUGUCCUAAGCACCUGGUAAUCAGAGGUAAAAAGGUAAAAAUCAGAGGUGGACUGUAUCUGUCCCUAGAGGCUCUGCCAUAGCUACUAGUCAUUGGUAGACCACGCUCUAUGCCCCGCUUGUUUUGGUACAAUGGGUGAAGGAAUUAAAAGGAUACCUAAAGCUCAGGCAGAGAACACAAGAGUGAUUUGGGAGCUUUCCCUUCUUAGAACCUCUCCAUCACCUCCCUUGUGUGAUGUGUGAAAAUAAAAAAAAACUUCUAUAACUGGAGAAAUGAAUUAUAGACCCACACACGGUGCUAUCAGAAUUGUAUUGUCUGCUAGUGGAGAGACUAAAAAGCAAGCUAGGUUCAUCCCUCUUCUUAAUCAAGGACUGAAUUUUCCACAGCAAACCCAUUCUCUCAUCCUCCAGUUCAGGCUGCAAAAUGAGAGUCGCUAGACCUUUUUUGCAUGGUAAAUGAGGAUUACGGAAAGACAUUUUAGCUAUGCAAAGUACUAUAUGAAUAACUUGGUGGUGAUGCUUACUGCUUGUAGAUGUUUUGCAGUAAUGCACAAGAAGGAUUUCAUUGUCUGUUAUUCUUUCCCCCAUGUAUAACCUACCUCACAGGGGUGUUGUGAGGCUAACGGCCAGUUCACAUAACCAGGCUAGGGCUGGCCACUUUGUUCCUUCAGCAGGUGAUGAGUGUAAUCAUUUGACCAGGAACCAAAGCCAGCAGUAUGUCAAGGCACCCAAAGUCCACACUGCAAGGAUGCAAAGCAAGCGAUGUGGGUGGUCAAGCAGGCCUGGCGCAUGAGGGGCAGGAGGAGCCACGCAGCGGCUACCAAGUUGAGAAGGGGGGCUUGCUUCCCAUGGGUAGGAGCUGGAUGAGACAUCCAGAGGCCUUAUUUGUGAAUGAUUGACAGCAGCAGUUUAGAAUAGCCUGAGGACCACAACACAGGCCACCUCCAUCCCUCCACCGUUGCUCCCCUUAUGCUAUAACCAAAACAGAAAAAAUGUUGUCCGGAGCUGGGCUGUAUGGAAAUGCCAGGCAAGGUCUCCGACUACUACUGCAAGGGAGUGGGGGGCAGGAAUCCGCAUUAUACCUCUUCCACCACAGUGGAGUUUGUCAGAAACUUUGCCUCAUUUUGAAAGAGUGAGGUUUGUUCCAGACCUACCUGAGCCUGGCAGCUGUGCUACGUCAGCCAUGUGGAGGCUGCAGCAGCAGCAGCAGCAGCAUAGUACCUGCCAGAGCAGCUCCUCCAAUGUAGGACUAUGCAAUACUGGGAUCAGGAACACAGCUCCAUCCCAUGCUGCCCAGGAUGUGGCCAUUCUGAGUGGCAAUCAAUAGAAGGGAUUAGAGGGACAUCAAAAGUUGCCUUCCAGCGAGUCAGACCAUUUAUCCAUCCAGCUGAGCACCAUCUACUCUGACUGGCAGGGGCACUCCAGGACCUCCAAGGGAGAGCCUUCCAUCACCGGCUACUUAAUUUUAAGAUUAACAAGCCAUCGUCUGCAGGUGCCAGGGAUAGGAUUUUCUGCAUCAAGCCAUGUGCUCUGUCACUGAGCUGCGGUCCUUUCCCAGCCCAGAAGCCUGCAAGCAGGAGAUGCCUCUCACCUGCCACACCUUCCGGCAGCUGCUCAAUUCAGUACAGUGACUGAAGGCUAGGCUUAAGUGCUAAAGUUCUCCUCCUUCCCUGGCUGAUAUGGCCAGCAGUUAAACUCUUUCCCUGUGACCUCAAGCUGCUUCUGGUGCCCAUACGCUCUGGGUAGAAGUGAAGUGCUGAAGUGAAACCCAUGGGUAUGCAGAGGUCAGUCCAUAACUGAGUUAAGCAGGCUUGCUCCUUGAUCACAGCAAUUGAGCCAGUGCUUCCAAAAUUUAGGCCCUGAGCCUCAUUCCAAUGCAAGGGUUUCCAGCGCUUCUCAAACUUGGGCCCCCCAGCUGUUGUUGGACUACAGCUCCCAUCAUCCCUGACCCCUGGUCCUGCUAGCUAGGGGUGAUGGGAGUUGUAGUCCAACAACAGCUGGGAGCACUGGCUUAAUCAAGCGGCCUGCUCAAGUGGAGCCGCAAUGGGCUGACCUGGAUUCCCAAUGUUGUGCAUCGCUGCUGGUUACCAGGGCAGAGCGACAUGGGAGCAGGGAGCUUGACACAGCCAUGGAGCCAACCCAUGACACUCCAUGGUCCUGAUGCUGCAGCCAAGCCAAGCUCGCCACUGGCUUUCCCCUUCUUCCAUUGGUAACUGGCAGCGACAUGCAGCUUGGGGAAGUCAGGUGCUGGCUGUGGCCUUGCAACUAAAGGAGCGAGCGAGAGAAGGAUGAAUCUCUACCUGACCCACUGAAGAAUCACAGCCACCUCCCACAAUCUGCUGCCAGGCAGGAUUGAUCUCCUCUACUUGUUUGUUCCCGGUUGGUUUUUUACAAACACAACUUAUGGCAAAUGGGCAGUUUUCUCUCUCUCAUCACUAAUGGAGAAGAAAAUUACGAUCCAGAAGGGGCCACUUCCCCAAAAAGGAACCAGUUAGAGAACAGGAAGUAGUUGUUACAAGAUAGUGGGCAACAGAGGAUUCAGAAAACCACCGUGCAUGUUGAUUUGUGUAUUAACAGCUUUAAUUUUAAAGAAGAAAACCCAGAAAAAAAUAUUUACAAACUUCAGUAAAUAAGAUAUUGACUCCUGCAAACUUGUCUCUCUCCUGUCUGCUUGUAAACUAAAACAGCCCCCCCCCCUUCCCGGGCGGGGGCAGGGAUGUGUGUCUCACUGGUUCUUCCUACAUAACUGAACUGAAGUUUUCCUUCCAGUGAGUUUGCAGCUAAGUGCUCACCUACAGGGGGGGCUCAAUGUGGGGCAGAAGCAGACUAGAGCUGGGGCAUCUCUGGCCCUCCUGAUGCUGUUAAGACCCUGUUUCCCGUCCGGUCCAGCAAGCAUUUGCACUGGGGUCAGGGAUGGUUGGAACUGCCAGGGUCCCCCACCCCUUAAGUAUACAUUCUGCCUCCAUCUCAUCUCUUCAAUGCACAGCGGCUCCUCUGGGAGAAUUUCUAGGCAAGGAGGGGAGAAGCACUUGGUCCUCCAGCUGCUGCGUUUCCCCCACAAGGAGAUCCAAACCUGAUUUUCACACACACACACUUGGAACCUGAAACGGGUGACUGGAGGGGGCAGGGGGCGCACCUUCUGCACUCCCCCCCCCCCGGAAAUUGCACUCUCUCCUCUCCACUUCACGAGAGGUUUGGAAGAGACAUCGAAAGGGAAACCAAAAUUGUCCAGUUCCACCUUAAUGGGCCCAAGGAACGUCCCGUGCAAACAAAACACCAGAUCCCAGCCCCGGCCAACUUUUCAGAGCGCAGGUUUUUAAAUUAAAAUAAUAUCAGCCAAGUCACAUAUACAUAGAAGAAAACCUUUAUAAGGUAUUUCAGUUCUAUUGCACUUGGCUAAUUGGGACAGUUCUCUUAUUGUGCUAAAGCGCCCUCUUGUGGUGCCUGUAUGAAGGUCAGCCUCCUUCCCAGCAAGUGUCCAGGAAGUUCAGUGCCCAACAAUAACUCUCAUGGGCUUGGAAUCCCUGUCCGGCUUCAAACACAACCAGCCACUAUCACCACCAACUCCUGACUACUUCCAUAGUAAAAGAAACCUGCAACCACCACCGAGCCAGCUGAGCACAGAUGAGGCCUGCAAUCAUCGUAAGUGAGGAGUACAGUUUUAAUACCACCCCCAGACCAUCACCUCAAGCCACACAGGGCAACCUGCUUUUUACUCUGGCAAGCUUGUGCUUUCUGCUGGAUCCAGCACUUGCCAGCCGGAGCUCCGUGGAGGUUUGCGCUGUAAUCCCAGGGCCCUGGUCACCAGCCUCCGAGCCACCGCCACGUCCGUCUGAGGUCUCUCUUUGGCCAGCUGAAGGAGCUCUGGGGGGAAAUGGAAGAGGAGGAGGAGUCGUGGAGCAACAGGGGUGCAGUGGGAGAGAGACGCAGCCUGGUCCGGGGGGGGGGGGGAGUCUGAAAGGUCUGGCAAAAGGGGUUUGGAUGCCCAGGUUCUCUUUCCACAAUACGGGGGUGGGCUGGUCUAGACGUGAAGGCAGCUGGGUGGGGCAUAACAUUGCAAGUGAUGAACACCGUUUUUUAAGACUUCAAAAAAAAAAUUUAAAAGCCAAGCAUGAACACUAUCACCUCCCUGAAAGUAUAUUAAAAAAGAAAAUCGGCACCUCAGAGAGAAAGUUUCUUACUCAGUCGACUUCCUGAUAAGAGCCUGGCUAAAUUCACUGGGCCAGUUCACACAUAACAGGAAUUAUAGCUUCCCGAUACACAAAUGUGUCAGUGAACUGACUUGGAUACUCUCCCCUCUUCCGAUGUGUGCAGAAGGAAAUGGUUGAAGGCAUCCACCUUGGAGACAAGCCACAGUUUCCCAUCACAUACAAACAUGGGGUACUGUGGUUUGUUGAAACUCCACUUAGUGGACAAACCACUGUGGCAAAUGCAGACUACUUCACAAUUGCGUUGUGAACUGGGAUAAGUUUGAAACCAGAACAUAUUUAAAGCUUAAACAAUAUAAAACCAGCAUCCCUUCAACACACAAUAAUGCUGACAUUUCAUAUCCCUUCCCAUGCAAUAUGCUGACAAUCUGGCUCUCUGCAGCAACAGAGUCCUGCUCUUUUCAACAGUGUUGUUGCUGCUGCUGGCUUUCACAGCUGGUCUCGCCCUCAUUAACGCUCACACUAUACAUUGCUUUCUCUCUAAGGCAGGAGUGGGGAACCUGUGGCCAUGCAGAGGAUGUUGGGACUCCAGCUCCCAUCAGCCUCAGCCAGCAUGGCUAAUGGUCAGGGGUGAUGGAGCAACAACUUCCCCACCACCACCUCUGCUCUAGACAAACUCUGCUCUCAGCUUUCAGUCCCAGAUCACAGCUCCCACUUAAAUAAUUCCACUAUCAGAACUCAAGGGCAAGUUCCAAUGAGGCAAAACCAAGCACGGCAGGAGCAAAGCCAGGCCACUGAGCAUGUGGCCUGUGGAAAGUCUCAAGGGUCAGAGAGAGAGAGGUCCAGAAGCCACUGGGCCUGAAGUUUCCAGCCCUUGCUUUACCCCACCCCAGUGAACCUUCCUGCAUCUGCCACACCAGGUUCAAAAACCACUGUAUGAUCCUUGUUUGCUCAUUAGCUAGACUUUAAACCUCAGAUCAGAAACAUGGGGGCCAUAAGGAAUUAACCUGGCAGCUGUGAGCCUCUAAGCCCCAGCCAGUGUCCCCUUUGUGAGGAGGAGGUUAAGGACCUUGGAAGUACAAAGAGACGAAAGAGGAAGUUGGAAGGGCAGCACUCUGACCCACGUCCUCUUACAUAGUUCUUUGGGAAGAGGGACUGACUGUUCAACCACUCUGGGAACUGUAGCUCUGUGAGGGGAAGAGGGGUCUCCCAACGACACUCUCAGCAACGAACUACAGCUCCCAGAAUUCACUGAGGGAAGAAGCCAUUACCACUUCAAGUGGUCUGAAACUGCUUUACACAUACAGAGCAGAUGGGGCUUUGGACCUUAGCAGUAAAGUGACAGACAUCCAUCUACAUAUGUAAGCAGGUCAUUGCCUCUUGGGAAGUAGGGUGCCAGAGGUCUCUGAAGCAGCAGCCGCUUCAAAAAUGCUCUUACUUGGCCGCUGAAGAGCCUUGAUUUUUGACUGCCUUGUUCCGUGGAUUAGGUGUCGGAUCUUUAGGGAGGUAUAACUCUGUUCCAAGGCUUGAGAAGCUGAAAAAGAAAGUACGGUUUUUCAGAAAUAAGACCAAGCAUGGUUUUGGACUACAACUCCCAACAAUCCCAGCAGACACAUGCUGCCUAGGGCUGAUGGGCAUUGUAGUCCAAUCACGUUAUCUAGAGGGCACCAGCUUGUGGAAGGCUGUCCUGAACUCUCUCCUAGGGUUGCCACAGAGGGAGUCAAAUUACUACUGGAGCAAAACAUAGAUUGAUGCCAUGAUUGUUGUCCAGUGCUUGGGAGUGUCAAAUGUCUAGGGAAGAUUGUUCACGCCCAUCCCCCCUCCAGGUGAAUAUCCUUGUAGCUGCUUCCUGCCUACACAUGCAGCCACCAAGUGAGUACACAAAAGGCUCCCCCAGCAACAGGCAGCAGGAGCCAGAGGGGAUGCAUAUCACACACAUUUGGCUCCCAUGCAACCCCAAACCAUGGUUUUGCCUUAGGAAAGCAAGGAUUGGGCUCAAGCACUGCCCCUUCCAAUUCAAUUUCCCAACUUCCUAUUUUGUGCAAACCAUGGUUUGUUGAUUCAGGUAUCAUAGCAACAGGAAGGUAGAGAGUCCAAGCUUCACUCGCACAAUAGCAAACCAUAGUCUGCCAUUCCACAUGAACUGCCUCUCUCCACAAUCCAUCAGUUACCUCCCUUUUAUUACUCUUCUUGUCAGGGAACAUUCCCUAAGAGUUGGGAGGACCAAGGAAGAUCAGCUGCCUAGGAGAUAAACAAACAACAGAUGCAGAGACAGCCAGAGGUUCCUCCUUCCCAAUACGUAUGUCAUUUGUAACCAGCUCUGCUUGUCUUGUGCAUUCUCAUGAUCGGAGAAUGCCAUCGUUGGAGUGGGAAGGAGAGGAAAAUGCACCAGACACAAUUUAAGGGAAAAACAGGGGGGGACAUAGGUAAACCCUAAACUCACAGGCAUUCCUACAGAAAAUCCAAAAUUACCUGCUGCCAAACUGGAGAAGAUCCCAAGCGCAUGAGUAUCAUCGACCCACUGUAGCUUAAAUCCACUCUCUCUAAAAGACAGACCACAGUGUUGCUUGUCAGUUACAUGAAGCCACGGAUAGUUCCACCCAGAUAAAAAUAUUAAGAGAGGGCCUCUCUCUCUCCAAAGCACCCACACCUUCCCAGUUGUACACCCUUGUCCCCAGGCCACACCUCUCACUGGCCCUGCUUUGCUUCCUCCUUGAAGACUUUUCCCAGGCUGGAAUGUGUCCCUAAACUCUGCAUCAUGCCUCUGGUUUGCUAACAUCUCCAGGUCUGAGUUGGGCACAUGCCCUGCUUGAAAUUUCAUAGAUACCAGUCAGUAUGUACAGCCCUGAACCAGAUGGACCAAACGUCUGAUUCAGUGUAACACCGCUUCCAGCCUUCAGCCAGUCCUGACCAGGAAGUCCCUUGCCCAUCUACUUACUGGAACUCUGCAAAGGCCUCCAGAAGAUGCUCCGUUUUUAGCAAGGGCGAAAAAUCAUAUAUCUCUAGCACAUGGCCAAAAUCUCCUUCAUUGAUCUGUGCUUCCCCAUAGCUGGAGUAAUCAAACUGGAUUUUCUCAAUGCUUAUGUCCUUUAUGGUCAAGUAAUUUGUGAUCUAGGGGCAGGAGAAAAGAAAAGAAAGAACACUGCAAAAACAAGAAAUAUUUACAGACAGGAAACAUCUGUACGUGGAAUACAGUCAGGAUCAAGCUACACCAUCAGCAGAAACAGGUGGCAAAGCUUUUUCUAGACCACUGUACCACUUCAGCAUGCAGAUGCACUCCUGCAUUUUUCAACAUUUCCCCAUUAAAAAUCACCCUGCAAGCAGAAAACUAGAAAGCUGGUCUUGUUUUCUUCCACGUCAGUUGCGGGGCACCUUUGAACCUACAGAAGGUGCUGAACUGUAACUGCAUUAGCCUUGGUCAUUGGCCAUGCUAACUGAUGGGACUUGUAGUUCAGCAAUAGGGAUGAGUGUGGUAUCGAUACAUUGUCCAAAACCGGUUUGAAGUCCAGAUCACGAUAACAGUUUCAUAAUUUUAGACCUGGUAAUAUAUUGUGUCCAACAUUUCUGAAGGGGAAGAAGAUUCCCUGAUAGCUUGCAAAGAGCUCACCCACGUGCAAAGAUCAGGGUCUCCUGCCCUUUCGCCUCUGACUGAAGACCCAGCACAGCAAACGCAGGAGCCAAGCCAAGUCGAUUUUAUCACCUGAUCACAAAAAAUAAACCUCUUACUUUGCUGAUCUCCCUCCCUCUGCAGCCCAGCCACUGGCCGAGAGAGACCAGUAAGGAGAGAGCAGAUUACAACAACUUGGGCUGGUCUGAAGUCCACAUCCAGGAAUCACCCCUCAGCUGCCGCUUCCUCCCCACUUUACAUCCUCCUUCCUCCUUAUUUCAGGCAUCAUGAUAUAGCGGUA